AAAACAAAACCGGCGAUUGAAAGACAGUCAGCGCAUGUCGAGACGCUGGUAAGACAAUUCUCCCUUUUUAGUCUUUUUUUGUGUAAAUGACAGUGUGCCUGUUGUGUGGUGUUUGUUUACUUUGUCAUUGUGAAACGCAGAGACUCUUCGUAUAACACACCGCUGAAGUUGUCAUAAGGUAACAGCGUCAAUAAUCUUACAUUCAUGAACUCUCUCAGGAAUCAGAUUUCAGAUUAGACAGCAUUAAACCCAAACCAAAAUCACCCCCCACCCCCAGCAGCUCUAUGAUUUAAUCCCGUUCAUUGCCCAGUGUAGUCGGAAAGCGCCUCUUUGGGGGCACAGGUAAACUAAUUUUGAUGGGUGUGAUUUAUGCGAAUGACUGACGCCAGCUGGUUUGGAUGAACGCCGAAUUCAAAAGUAAGUUCUUCUGAAAUUUUAGUCGUAAUUCUUAAAGGUUAGUUCAUUAAAACAUGUCUGCGGAAACAGGAGCAUGUUUUAUUUACACAUUUUCAUGCACGAUUUGGUGCGGCAACUUUUAUAUAAGGGGCUUGUCACAGAUCAAACUUCUGUCCAGUUUGGAAACAGUAAAAGUAAGUCAUGCUGAUAACGUCAGGAUAAUUAAUCCGAGCUUUCAUUUUAACACCAAGCAUCCUUACAGAAAUUCUGCAUCACCAGUUUAGGAUGUAAAGUUUGAACACUUCCCAUUUCAGAAGAGUGAGGAAACACUGAGUAAAAUCUGAAUGAAAACAGGAUAUAAUAGUUUGCAAAAUUAAAUGCGAUAAAUUGCAAAGAUGCUGUCCCACUCUUGUCUGAUACAAGAUUUCAGUUUAUUUUUUCAUAUAAAUAUGCACCUAAUAUUUUCUACAGGGGACAAGUCAGGGUUGUAGUUUCUCAGCAGGACUCUUCUACUACAGAGCCAUGCUGUUGUAAUCCCUGUUGUCAGUAUGUGGUUUGCCAUUGUCUUGCUGAAAUAUGAAGGUCUUCACUGAAAAACUCUUUGUCUGGAUGGCAGCAGAUGUUGCUGCUAAACCUAUAUUGUUCAGCAUUAAUGGAGCCUUCACCGUUGCUGGCUUUUGAACUUCAUGCUGGGGCCCCUCCUCUCUUUAGAGUGGAGAACUUGGCAACCAGGAUUUUCAAAAAAUAAUAUCAAAUUUUGAUUAGUCAAACCACAGGACAGUUUUCCUCUUUCCCUUAGUUCUUCUUAAGAUGGCUAAUGCCAAGAGGAGUCACCAGCAUUUUUGGAUCACGUUCAUAUAAGGUUUCCUCUUUGCAUGGCUCAGUUGUAGUGUAACCUGCAUUUGCGGUUGCAGCAACAGACAAUGUUCACAGAAGUUGGUUUAUUAUAUCUGAUUUGGAGCCCAUGUGUUGAUUCCAACUGCAGCUUUGUCUCCUUUUAAAGCAGUGCUGCCUGAAAGCUCAAAGAUCUUUGUAAUCUUGGUAUUGUUUUUUUUUGGCAUUGGACAGAGAUUUCACUGAUCUUAGUGACUGUAUGUCCUAUAGAUGAUACAUUCUUUGCAGUUUGAUGCUGAUCAAAUCAAAUCAAAUUAAAUCUGUAUAGCGCCAAUUCACAACAGUUGUCAUCCCAAGACGUUUUUAAAAAAAAAGAGAAGGUCUAGACCAUGCUCAUUGUUUGAUGAAUUAUCAAGACCCAACCUAAGAUGGGAUUUGGCCCAUCUCAUCUAACAUGAGUGACAGUAGCAAGGAAAAACUUCCUUUUAACAGACAGAAACCUUGGGUAGGACCAGACUCAUGCUAGACAGCCACCAGGCCACUGCUGGGUUGGGGAGGAAUAAAUGAUGAAUUAAGCAGAGGAAAUUGAAUGAUUGGCAAAGUAUCAGAAUGUUACAGUUUCUCAACUUUCUUAGAAUUGGGGUUCUAUAAUGGGUAAUGUAUUGUAUUGUAUGCGUGUAUGACUGCAUGGCAAGACAUUAAACUUCUGCUAAAGCAGGAAAAACUCUUGAGUUUAGCAUAACAAAGCACACACUCAGUUCUGUCUUAAAGUUUAGCUUGUGUCUGUUUAAGUUACACGACUUUGGUAAAAGCUGUAGAAGAAUUACAUGAGUGAUAGACUUACCUUUGCUUUAACUGUGACCCCGUUAUUCAGCUCUCCUCAUUUGUGUCUCAUGUUCCUCCUCCACUCAGCACCCCUGAUGGCUGGUCGACUCCUCAAAGUCUCCUCUCUGGCCACAGCAGUGUUUGCCUCCACUGGAUUUUACUUCUACAACAGACAGCUAGACCUCAGUGACCUCAGUGUGAUCCGCUUUGGACGAGCUGCUGUGACAGUGAGUUAAUGUACCCCUUUAUACUUUUUUUUUCAGGUUGGCCUAAUUAGAGUUAUUGACUGUUCAUUUCAGUCAGUCAUGUAGGUCAGCAGAAGCUACAAACAGAAGCUACACUGUAUAGCUAAUAAUGUCGUAAUCAUUUAACGGUGAGACUCUUGACUUUAAUGGAUACUUAAUGAUAUACCUAUGUUUUAGUUCUUUUCUAAUGAAAUGGUCUUCCUAUCCUCAUUCAUUCAUUCAUUCAUUCAUAUGCCACUGCUCUGUUCAUCUACAGACAGCGGUUAUCAGCUACGACUAUCUGACAGCCUUCAAACAUGUGGACCAUGGCUCGGAGGACUACUGGGCGCUCAAGUCCAAGGUAGAAAAACACACAAAGUUUUCAUGACAAACAUGGAGAAACUGGAGAAAUGGCUGCUUUAAAAUUUACGUAUAAAAGAGUGUUGGGGCCACAUUGAGAGGAAAAUGAAGAUUGAGAGGAUAAAGUCAUCAAUAUUAAGAGAAUAAGUUUGUAAAUAGUGAGAGAGUUAAGUCAUCAUGUUAUGAUAAUAGAAACGAUUAAAUGAAACAAUCAAUCUAUUUUUAUUUAGAGAGAGAGAGAGAGAGUCAUUUUUGAAUUUCCCUCUGGGAUAAAUAAAGUAUCUGUCUGUCUGUCUGUCUGUCUAUCUGUCUAUCUAUCUAUCUAUCUAUCUAUCUAUCUAUCUAUCUAUCUAUCUAUCUAUCUAUCUAUCUAUCUAUCUAUCUAUCUAUCUAUCUAUCUAUCUAUCUUUUAAACUACAACUGUAUUCUUGUCAUAUUAUGAAUUGAUGUCUUUAUAUUGUGACUUGAUUCCAGUAAAUUUGGACUUUGGACAAGUCUUUAUUCUCUCAGAAACAUGACUUAAGUAACAUUGUAUAAUGACUUUAUUCUUCUCAUAUCUUUUUUUGAACACUUUAUAUUUGUUAUCACUUUGACAAGGCUAUAGCUUUCUUCAAUUAUAACUGUGACCUUGUUUUUGUCAUAUGAUGACUUUCCCACAACUUUAUUUCUGUAAUAUUGUGACUCAACUACAACUUUAUCGUUUGGAAGUUAUGACUUUAUACUGUCAAUAAUAUGACUUGAGUUUAUUUUUUUUUCUAGUUACUUGGUGACAUUUGAUUAUUAAUUCUUGUAAUGAAAUGACUUAAAAAAUUACAAUUUAUUCCAAUUCUACAGUUUGUUUAUCAUGCUAUUACAACUUAACUUUAUUCUCAUAAUACUCUGACUUGACUCUGACUAUUUACUCUUUAAAUGCUGGUUUUAGCAUGAUCUUAUUCUGAGGCUGUAAUGAAUUAAAUCAGACCUGUUUCCCAUUGUGACUUUGUUCUAUUUCGACUUCAUUCAAGUAAUUUUGUGACUUUACUAUUUCUUAUUGCCGUAAUAUAAUGGCUUUAUUUUUUUGUUAACAUUUUGAUUCUAUUCUUGUAUUGUAAUGCCAUAACUGCCACCUUAUUCUCAUAAUAUUAUGACUACAUCCUGUUUAUAAUUAAACUUAACUAGGACUUUAAUCUUGAAAUUUUAUGACCUCAUCAUGACUGUAUCCUCAUAACAGUAUGACUAUUUUUUACAACUUCAGUCUUGUAAUGUUAUGAUCCUUUUCUCAGAACAUCUUGACCUAAUUUUUAAACAUUUAAUUUUUAUUUUACUCCUUAACCUGUCAUACAAAGGUUGUGUGCUAAUGUGCUGUUGGAAAGUUUCAAUAUAAGGAGGAAAGUGAUACUCUCACUAAGCUAUGACAUGAAAUCUAUGUUUGGAGUUAAUAUUCAGACCAAAUCCAGCUGUAAGGGCAGCAGUCCUCACAAAAAAACUUGUCCUCAAAGUGAGAGACUAAACUUUCAAACUUUAUCAGCACUCAAAGCUCAACACAGAGAAACUUUAAUGGUGUUUGUUUGCAGCAGCUACACAUGUUGAACUAAUCGAUUAAGCAGAGAACAAGGCUUGGCUUCAGGAUGGAGGGCGUCACUGUUUGCAUGUGAUCAGAGUUUGGCUCACCACACUGCAACUCAAACCUCUUAAACAGUGUUUUCUGAUUCUCUAAAUCUCUCAACUACUGUAGUGUUGUCCUGCUAGAUUUUUAGAUACACUCAAUGAACAGAAACAUAUUUCAGACUCACAGUGGCCAGAUUUUUGCAAACCUCUUUUCAUUCAGAAACAUGCAUGUUUACAUGUUCAGGUGUUCUCUAUGGUUAGAGAAUUGCAUUUUAUCAUAUGGCGAUAUAAUCGCAAAUGCAAUUAAUCGUUCAGCCCUACUUUUUUUCCUCAAUAUUGCGAUUUAAUAUGCAACUAUUUUUUCAAGGUCCUCUUCUAAUGUAUUUUUUUCAACAAACACAAACAAUAAAUCAACCUGUAUUAUAGUAAACAGUAUCAGAUUUAUUAUUCAUAAAUUGUUCUUUCUGACCAUUAUCAUUUCACACACACACACACGCACACACACACACACACACACACACACACACACACACACACACACACACACACACACACACACACACACACACACACACACACACAGGCUCUCUCUGCUCACACACUAUUGCACACAUGCAAUAUAUGUCAUGAUAUUAAUGUACAUACCGAUGGAUUUGGGUCUAUUCAUUUAGCUGUGUUGCCAUCACUAUAUUGGAUGCAUUAUUUGUUCUUAUGUAGAUGUGGUUUGAAGUUGAAGCGCUGGUCACUGGUGUUUUAGCCUGGUGGUCACUAAGGCUGCACGAUAUUGGAAAAAACUAACAUUGCGAUUUUUUUCAACCCUGCGAUAUAUAUUGCGAUAUUAAAAAUAGAGGAAUUUUCACCAGAUGACCUGAAUAGCACUUUAUGUUAUGCUGCACUGCUGAAAUCUUGAGGACAGUUAACCUGCUCUGACCUUACCUCUUUUUGUGAAUGUUUGUAGAAUGGCUUCUGUCUGUCUCAGAGAUAUUUUUAGCUUUUAUUGUUCUGGAAUGUUAUUGUCGAAACAGAUGAACACAGAAGACGUGUUUUGGUCGACAUCAUCCAUCUUGUAACCGAAAUAAUUCCAGAUAACUGAAUUUCCUUUUCUUUUUGGCAACAAGUCUUCAUCUUCGGUGGUUUUCUCUGUUUGUUGCUCAGUUUGCGAUCAUUGUUGUUGUUGUUAACGGGGUUGUGCUGAGAAACGCAUGUCCUCCGAGAAUUGCAUGCACCUCACAAAACGCGCACUGCUUAUAGUAGAGUGGUCCACGGAAAUGUACAAUUUAAAACCCAUACGGUUCUUAUUUGUUGGGCUAAACAGUGAUGAAGAAUGUUCCGAAAGUAAUUCUCAGCAGACAAACGUUUCUCACCACAACUCCAGCCAGCGACUCCCUCCAUGUGCAGGGGUGGGUUUCCUCCUCUCUGAUUUUGAUUGACAGCUGGCAGAGUAGUCUGAUUGGCAACUGAGAACUGAGUCUGAUUAGCAACUGAGUAAAGAACGAAGGUGAUUGGUGGAUUGCUGCACAGCACAUGUAGAGUCACAUGCAGUGUAUCUCAGUCAGUUACCCUUGAAAUUAACUGAGUUCAUUCACCUCCGAUAUCGCAGGCUCUGCGAUGUGACUAUCGCACACACGUACAUCGCGAUGACGAUGCUCAAACGAUAUAUCGUGCAGGCCUAGUGGUCACUGGUACAUGGCUUUGUUGUGUUUUGUAAGUGUUGAUAAAGGUUCGUAGUGUUACCUUCUGAUGUAGCAACAGUAGCACAACAGAUUCUGUACAUGUUGCGCAGCGGCAUCUCUUUUUUUGCCAAUAUAAAUCCACACAACUUUUGUGCUGCUCUUCUUUAGUACUAAACUUUAUGCAGUGUCAGCUGCUGUUGUGGAAUUAGACCAUAGUGCAACAGAGUGCAGUGUUGACGUCUCUCUUUAUCUGGUCUGCUCUGCCUCGCUUGCUCGCAAGUCAUGUGACUAGAUCAUGUGACCUGUCAAAAUCACAGCCUUUAUGGUUAGAGAAUUGCAUUUUAUCGUAUGGCGAUAUAAUCGCAAAUGCAAUUAAUCGUUCAGCCCUACUUAGAAGGCACCAGUGUUGCUGGUAUGCAGAGAUGGCGAUAUGCCAGUUUUACCAUUAGAAGCUGGUAUGUAUUAGGGGCCCCAUGACUACUUGAUUUUCCAAGUGAAACGACAAUCAUGUUGUUCAACAAAGUGUGGAUUUUAAUGCUAUUCUGCAAACUGCAGAUCUUCUUUUUGAGAAAAUAAAUCUUCUUAUAGGGCUGAUCCGGUGCACCCUGGCAGCACUACAUAUAUGCUGUCAAGUUUCUUAAAAUAACAAUCAACAACUUGUGGAGAAAGACGCAAAUUCUCUAUGCAAGCAUCUCAAGCAUUGCACAGUUUCCAAAAUUCUAUUUUAAUGACAAAAAAGACAAAACAAAGCACCUUUUAAAAUGCACGUCAUAGCCAGGGUCAGCUCCCUUUCUCCUGGUAUUGCUAUUUUGACUGGUUAAUUGUUUCCCGCAGCGCUGACUCAUUGUGACCACCAGUACAAACAGUAUGUACCUCAAGUAGACAUGGCAAGUCUCUAUUAAACAUACAGUUCCUGUUCCCAUCCUGCAAAGACGGCAGCAAGUAUAAAGGUAAUAACAGUAAAUGCCAGGUGAUGUGCAGUGAGUGAUGUGUGCUGGUGGUUGUUAAAAGGCCACAGCUCAGUCAGGUUCACUCAGGAGACGGCUGCUGAAAGGUCAGAGACCACCUACUCUGACAAAAAGUGCACGGAGAGCUCCGCUACAGCGACACAGCUGCACUGAACCUUGAAGAGCAUGGUUCAGCAUGGUUGGCCUUGUGUAUGUGCCAUGCACGCAUACACACACGCUUGUGCACGCACUCGUGCACACACUCAUAGACUCCUGGUUCAACCCCUUGGGCCUGGCUGGUCAAGCCUGGCUACCCCGGCUGAUUAGAAUUAAUGCAUGCUGCUGAUUGAAUACAGAGCGCGGGCUCCCUCCUCUUUAUUAUGAAGUCAUAGAGGUGAGCCGACAGCACGGCGGCUCCGCUCUUGUUUAGGGUCUUUAUGCUGCUGAUUUUUCCUGUAAACAGUGGACAGGAUGGAGGGAUGACAGGAAGGAUAAAACACUUCAUGGGAGGUGAUUCUAGUUUUUCACUCGUGAUGAAUGCUGGAUGAGGAAGAGGUAUAAGGUUGGGCUGAAGCAUGAUGACACUUCUUAGUACGGACAGUCAGUGAGGUUAAAUAGAAGUGAAUGAUUUUCUGCUUCUGCAUGAGAGCAUCAAAGUUAUUUGAAUAAAAUCAGCUAAAAUUGGACAAAAUCCCCCCUUGCUUGGGUUCAUUAAUUCCCCCUGAGGUUUAAUCUUGUCUUCAGGACCUUUGUAUAGAUUAUCUUUACUACCUGCUGUAGUUGUCUUGCUGGAAUUGUAUUUAAGCUGUAAAGUGCUUGUCCAUUUGUCUCCAGGGAGAGACCGUUUCUGUAGUCAAACAGCCUUUGGAAUAAUCUGGUUUGCUCCAGCUGAUUACACCAAAUCUUGAAAGCAAUCAGCUCAUCUGACAUAUCUGCCUCUGAGAGUGAGGGGCAACUUUUUGGAUCUUCUACUGCCAUCAGUGAAUGAAAAAAGGACCUACGACAGUGAUUUUUAUUUUUUUUUUAAAUCAAGACCCUGCUUUCAUUUGAUUAAAAAAAAUUAGCAAUUGUUAGCUGCACCCAUCUUCAGACAAAUGAGCAUUAUUCUCAUCAUUUUUAGAUUACUACUUUAAGGUGGGUUCAUCCUUUUUGCUCCACAUUUAAACUUCCUUCCUGUAUGUUUGUGGUUUUGAAUGGCAGAGAGCGUUUCAUUGUCCAGCCCUGUGUAGUAAAGAGUUUUGUAAAUAAUCAUGUUUCCUCAAUGGAGCUCAUAAAAUGAUGUCUGUGUGUAUAUUAUUUCUAGCAACAGGCUUCAAAAACCACAUUCAAAGGCUUUUCUAUCAGAUGAAGUUCUUACGCUGGCGCCCUCUGACCUACAACUGUGUGUUUGUUUCUCAUCACAAGGGCCACAUUUGACUGCACUCUUAAUGAGCUCUUGUUUCUGCAUCUCAUCUUAUCUCUGGGAGCAGACGAGCUGCUUUCAGCCUCUCGUGAAGAGCUUCACUCAAAAGCCACUUAAGCAGCCAGCCUUCCAGGCUCAUCAAAGGCUGCCCUGAGCGAACCGAGGGGCCAUUCACAGCCAAUUAGAGUGUAUCACAGAGCGAGCAUGGGAGCACUCACAAGUCUGCCAAAUGAGUGGAGGAACAUGCCCUGCAAUGAGAGAACAGAUGGACGGCUUUUUGUCCUCUGCAGCUCUCUAAGUUCUGCUGUGAUUUCUCUCGACCUCAGGAACACGCUGGGGCGCCACACUACAUUAAACUGCUCCGUAAAGUGCAGCAAACACUUAACGAUGGGCAAAAAUGAGUCGCAUGGUUUGCAUUCAAACAUUUUCUGUUUUAAAUUCAGUCCUCGACAGCCUCAUGCGUUUUAUCACAAAGCUUCUUUUUGGCCUUGCAUAUGUUGCAAAUUGAGGCUGUUCUUGAGCUACAGUUGGGCCAAAUUUCAGUUCAGUUGCUCGAUGUAUUUUAUGCAGUGGAAAUGCGGUCAUAGAGGCUGGUUACCACCUGUUUGGUUGCUCGUGUCUGAUGUGAUGAAUUCCAGGCAUGUCUGAAAAUUUGGUCUGCUGCCGUCGCCAACGAACGAGCCCGUUACCAGACUUCAUGGCCUCUUUUCCUGAAUGCACUAGCUUGAAACCACUGCAGCUCAGCAAGCUCAUCUCCUCUGUCUGCAAACUGAUCAAACUAUAGCCACCUGCAAGUCUGCAUACCCUGGUACCUAGGGAUAGGAAUUGUUAAGAAUAUACGAUUCCGAUUCCAUUAUCGAUACUGCUCAUCGAUAUGAUUCCUUAUCGAUUCUCUUAUUGAUUCUCAUUGAGUGAGAAAUAAGAUGAUACAAAUGGGUUUGUUCGCAUUAACUCUUUAAUGUAUUGUCACCUUUGGACAGAUGAUAUGGCAUAUGUAUGCACUAAUAAGUUGUUAUGUGACCUUAGCAAAAAAAGUUUAGUUGAGUUACUUCUCUAAUGUCAAGUGGCCCAGUGGCCUUAUGCAGUUUUUGUGUACCUUGCAAAACAUGAGGGUCUUUGGGCCUCAAUGAAAGGGGCUGCCAAAGGUGUGCGAGAACUACUCACUGCAGCCUCUGAGCCAGUGUGAGAGCCAGCCUCUGAGCUAGCAUGACUCUGGCAGUCAUCGCCAUCUUUGUAAUUUAAGGAGAUGGAGAGUAUUUAUAUAGUAAAAGGGGGUUAACAUGGCUCGAACAUCUACACAACAGACAGGACCUGGAGGAGUUCAAUGUUACCUUCUGCAUUUAAAGCAGAUGAAGCUGAGACAUAAGCUCCGCUCCUGCUUUUGCCUGGUUAUGGAUUCUCAUCCGUACUGGUAUCUCUUUCUUUUUGGAGGUUUCAGCACAUGAAAAUGGCACAGGUCAUCUCAGCAGCAUGUUCGACUUUGUUGGCCUUGCAGGAACCAUCUUUCUUCUUGCAGCUUACACUAAUGUCUGUGACAGUUUUUCAAUAGAACUUCCGUAUUGUUAAUGCUCUGGGCAGAUUUGACACAAAUAGUGUGAGCACUAAGGUUUGUCGACUUUUGGACCAAUGCAGACUAAGCAAGCUAGCUCUCUGUAUUGCUAAUCAUGUCUUUUAAUUCAGUCAGUCCUGUCCUUAUUGAAGGCUUGUAUAAUGGUGCACUUUGGAUGCUAGAAUCUUCUGGUUAUGAAGGAGCUUUACGUGAUGUAUUUUUUAUGCGAGGUGAAAGUUAGCACUUAAAGGACACUUGAAAUGCCAGCUGGAGUGUGCAUGCCUGGAGAGAACAGAGCUUUUUGAUCCAAGAGAAAAAAUACUGUUUCAACGCUGAUGUACUCCUGCUAGUCGGUAUGAAAUGGAAAGAAGGUACAUAGAGUGGAUAUUAUACAUUUCUUCUCUCAAGCAGGCUGCUUCUGACACUUCAGUGAGCUGAAUAUCUUACUCUCGUGGUAAUUCAUCUUAAAACCUUCUGAAAAGAUGAAGCUGCUGAUACAGUGACUGCAGUUUUUCAUUUCUACCAAGUACAACCAUGCAGCUCUCUGAAACUGCUGCAUGCAUACUCAUAAUUCUCUUUGGUGACUCCAUUUGUCUUUUAAAUGUUGUGCCUAAGUGUUUAAUGUUCAGUUCCAAAGACACGCACUGUGGAUUUUAACAUCUGUCUAUCUCUCCAGUCCCAGUCCGAUAGAGCCGGUUAAUCAACAAAGAAAGAGAGAAACUAAAAUGCACAUCAGUAGAAACCAAAACAACAGAGAGCACUGGGUGAUGAAGAUAGGUCCUUAUCUCUGGACUGAUUGUGCAAUUCUUAACACCUCUCCUCAACUCUCUUUCCCGUUUUUUCUCUCCCCCUCUCAGGGAGUCCAAGUUUUUCUCUGCUAUCAGCAUCUCAUUACAAGCCCUGCCAGCAGAUGAUUGGGAAAUUAAAUGUAGCUUGCUUAACUCGUUUGAAUAAUGCAUGAGGGGCCUUGGCUGAGGCCUGUGGGUUAGGAGGGGUGGUGGUGGGAUAUGUAGGGGUGUCUCAAAUGUAUGGCGUGAGAAUUGCGAGUAAACAUGCCAAAAAACAGAGCUCAAAUGAAGAUGAACAGAUUAUUUUUACUUCAUUUCAAAACGUUUUUUUUUUCUGCCCUAAAUCUAAACGAACCCAUCCCAUUGUACAGAAAACUGCAUUUUGUAGCUUCUCUUUAGUGAUUUUUCCCAUCACAAAUAUGUUAAUUAUAAAGCUGCGGCUGUUAAAGAGUGUGAAUUUGUUUAUUGGAAAACAAAUUAACAAACAACAAACAAUUGAGUUUCCACUCAUUUUUAUCUCAUUAUCAGCAUUUUCCAAUAAUUUAAAUCCUCAGAAAACACAUUUUUGGGAGAAGUAACACAACUAAAACUUUCAAAGGAAGUUUGGGGAGGAUGCAGGGCUAAAACCUAUGAAACCGAGCAAAAUUUACAUAGUUCAAAAGUUCAAGAUGCAAGACCAGAGAACACAGGAGAUGACAUUUAAGUAAAAAGAAAAAGAUUGUUUCUUGCAUUCGUUAUCAUGCAGCAGUGGGAUACUCUGUCACUGGUCUGCAGAAAGUAGUGAUAAAUAUUUAUGCACAGCAUUUCAAACUUGUUGUGAGCUCAGGUGAGUAGAAUAGGCCUGAUUGCAGCCUGUAAAUCAAGUGCCAGUUGGUUGAAUUGGGUAUUAGUGUUGAAACGAUUAUCAGAAUAACUCAAGUGAUUCAAUUAUUAAACAGCCCAAAUCGCCUUUCCCCCAAUAACCUUCACUUACCAGCACUUAAACAAAAAAACUGACCCAACAAAUUAGAUUCAAAUUUCCACACAAAUAAAAUGGUUUGGAUGCUCAUGCACAGAAAAGGUCGGUCAGCCAAACAGAGGCAGGGAAAGAGACCGCAGAUACUGAAUUACCAGAGCUUAUGGACAUGGAGCAGGGCUUGACACUAACUUUUUUUCACAAUGAGCACAUAUGCUCUUAAGUUAAAAAAGUAAGAAGCACACAAAGAACUUCAGGGGCACAAUGAAAAUUGAUCAAAUAAUGUGUGUCAUAUAAGUCUACAUAAACACUACUAUUUGAAAUCAAUUUUAGGUCAAUUGGUCACAUGAGAUGGGAGCUAUUGAAGGAAAACAGCCUUUUUUGAGAACACCAACAGGUAAUUUAUUGAUGGUCCCUUAUUCAACACCUGACAUUGAUAGUGAGGGUGCCGAGUAGAUCUAACCGAGCUGCUGUUGCUAUUCCCGGUUAUGGAGAGUGAGAAGAGACCGGUAGAUCCGCAGUCAAUGUCUGUCAAAUAUCCGACCUAAAACUAACUUCACAGCAGUGCAGAUUUAACCGUGCGUUGCUAUUCUCGGUUAUGGAGAGUUAGAAGACAUCGAUAUAUUAGCAGCAUAGACUGUAUAUACUAUGGACAACUUGGUUCCGCCUCUUGCCUGUAUACAGAUUUGAAGCCAAAAAAACUCGGUAUUUCUGGGAUUUUUCUUCAUUUCCUGAAACCAGCGCUGUGCAGUAGCGUUGUGCGCAUUUGGCGCGAGAAUCGCUGAGAGUCGCCGUGAUGACACUCGGCUCAAACAGCAUAUCCCCCGGGUGAGCUACGCAAUCCCUGAACGCCAAUAGGUUGUAUCAGGUGUCAAUCAAAGAAAACAUGAACCCCCUAAUAACUUUUAAAAAUGGAGCUUCAUAGAAAAAAGAGGACUUGAGCACAAACCAGUCUUACUGUAACUACACGUCAACACCGCAAGUAGGGGCGAGAAAAAUGUAUGUUCUGUGUAAUUAAUUUCUAAAGUUUGUCCACAGCCCCAUAAGCUUUGCUGGCGGAGGCGGGAUUUAUGACCUAUACUGCAGCCCAUCAACAGAGGGUGCUGUUCUUGGAGUGGCAAGGAGGCAGACUCUGUCCAUUCUAUAUACAGUCAAUGAUCAGCAGUGAAUGUCCGUCGAAUAUCCAACCUAAAACUAACUUCACCGCGGCAUUUACAUGAAAAAACAUUUGUUGCCUUGGCUAAUUUUUUUUUAUGCGCACAUGUACCCCUAAAUACAUUUUACAAUUUGCACACAUCUAUUUUCAGUCGCAAAUGCGAGUGAAAUGGUCACACUGUCGAGACCUGUGGAGGGCUGUGUAAACACUUCAUUCCUAUUAUCCUGAAGAUGUUUGUUUUCAUCGUAAUUUCUGUGUUUAUUUCCAUCUUUACAGCCAGCAUACACAGCAGAGACCUCCACGUCUGUCUGUCCAGUGCAGAGUUUCUUAAAACUUUAUUCUGAUGAACUGUAAGGAGGCUAAGGCCGAUUGGCAUAUAAGACAAAUUGUCCACCUGCCAGUACUGGAGUCACUUUUUUAGUGCCUUCUUCAGUCAGAAGUUGAAGUUCUUGAUUGUCCUGCAGCCUGACAACACCCAGGUCUGUUUUCUUCAUGCUGUUAUAGGGAGAUAUGUUCAAACUUUUUUGACUGGGUGUUUUCCCUAGUGUAUGCCAGAAUAGGGUUACCAAAAGGGUCUAUCUGAGGUUUAAUCCGCUAUAGGGCAUACUGGAUCAUUGGGCAGAACUCAGAUAAUGAUGGGUUGAUCAGCCAAUCAGCUCCAACAUGAGCUUGGGUAUACAUUGUAAUUGCCAAGUUGAUUGCUGAGUCCUGUGUGUGAAUGCAGAGUGCUGUGCUGAUGGUUUAUUUUGAAACCAUUCAGGAGUGUUUCCAUGAGAACAUGUUGAAAUUUACUGCAAUAAAAGACCCAGAUCGAGACCAAAUAUCAAAUAAACCCAGAGAGUGUGCUAUGCUGAUUUAUACUAAAUGCACGGUCAUAUUUUGGUGUGUUAAGUGAAGUGGGAGAGAUAAAGCAUGACCUUUAACUGGUUCAGUCUUCCCUCAUUUGUAAUAUAUCAAUGGAAACGUGCACAAAAAUCUAACCUGUCUAAUCACCAAGGUCAGCAGGAUCACUUCAUACGACUCCAUCCAGCAUUCUGAAUUCCAUUGUUCACUGUUCUCAGGUCAGCACUGAUAAUACUCUGAUGUACCUCAGUAUAACCUCUAGUAUUUUGGGCUAAGGCUGUGAUGGCAUACAAAGAGAUCCAGUCUUAGAUUGCGAGAUUGAAUCGAAAGCAGCGUCACGAAGAGAUGAGACACAAGAUGAGGUAUUUUUUUACAAGUCACAAGGUUAUUUUGGGGUUGAAAACAGGAGGAAGAGGGGUAUGAAGAGGAGGGGGCAAUGAUGAAGUGGUGACAGCGAGGACAAACAGAUACUGAUGUCUAAUGAUCCCCUUGCCUCCUCAGCUGCAUGAAAAAGAGGCAGGAGCACACAGCUGAUUCUGGAAAGCAGCCAUUUUAAAGGUUUUUUUUCACAGCUGAGAUGAAAGAGGUGAACAAAACGCUGAUUCACUCGACAUAUUUGCAUAGCUACAUAAAAACCCUUCCCCAAUGUCACCUCAAGGUCAAGAAAGGUCAUCUUUGACCCUUACUGCAGCGGUUUCAUCUGAGGUUUCACAGUAAUGUUAAAGCUUAAUCUCAUGAGCCAUCCUCGUAUCCAAAGAUGAUACAAACAAACGUCAUUUCCUGCCUCCUUAUGCCUCCGGGAGUGACCUAUAUUCCUGAUGAGUCUGAGUUUCACUGUAAAGAGAAAUUUGCAUCAGUUAGGGUUAGGGUUAGGGUUAGGGUUAGUCCAGGAGCUGAAGGACCUAAUCCUUCGUGACAGACCAUCAUUUCCUGCACUGAUGCUGCCAUGUCUCUUAGCAACGGGUGGCUAGUGGUUGACAACAUAUUAAAUGCUGUUUUCAGCAACUUUGAGCGAUCUUUGUUGGCUUGUCAAACCUGUAAAAAUACAGCUGACAACAUUGCAAUUAUGAGCUCGGGGUGCAGCCAUUUCUCGGUUUAGUUGAAAUAAAUCACUAAUGAAAUGAGUAUCCGAUGAGCAUAAUCAUCAACAAUCAGGCAGGAAUGUCUUCAAUAAUAGUUAAUGAUAAUCAUAAUAAUAAUAAUAAUAAUAAUGAUAAUAAUGGUAAUAAUGAUAACAAUGAUAAUAAUGAUAAUGAUGAUAAUAAUAAUAAUAGUAAUAAUGAUAAGAAUGAUAAUAAUAAUAAUAAUAAUGAUAAUAAUAAUAAUAAUAAUAGUAAUAAUAAUAGUAAUAAUAAUAAUAAUAAUAAUAAGAUGAUGAUGAUGAUGAUGAUGAUGAUGAUGAUGAUGAUAAUAAUAAUAAUGAUAAAUGUUAUUGUAAUGUGCUUUUACAAGUACUCAAAGACGCUCUACAAGAAUUACAAUUAUAAUACAGAACAACGUGGAGUUUAUUGAGGACUUUGGAUGAUCAGCCUUAUAGGAUGCUGUUGCAGGUGUUUUAAAGCUUUGCACAGGUGUUAUCUUUGCUGAUGGGAAACAGUGACCCAACCUGGAGGUGACAGGUAAAGAAAACACAGGUGGACACAGGUGGAGGUGUGGUUUAUAUCAGAUUGGUAUCCACAAUAAUACUUGCAGUAUUUCUGUAGCAGUGGUGCAAGUUUAUCAAGAAUAAGGUGAAAUUAUUCUCGCCAUCAGCAACAGUAGUCAUAUAACUUUACACUUGUAGUAACUGGUUCAGUCCACCAUUGCACACAUCAUAAUAACAGACAGACUGCAGUUGACCCUUGCACCAGCAGAUGUCAGUAUUUACCAUCUCUCUGAGUGUAUCAGCACUGUUGUCCUCCCACAGAAAAAUAGGAGGAGGGUACUCAGCAUAGACAAGUGCCCACCACCAGCACUCCUCGGGCUCCAGCUCUCUUGAGGGACACGCUAUGUAAAUACGAGGGUGGGGCUUGAUAACCGCUGACCUUGGCGGGCUCGUGACAGCAGCUUAUCAGCCAAACAAAUCUGAGGUGGGAAAAUCCUUUGAGGGGAACGGAGAGCAGGGAACGUUUAACAUUUGCCUCCCAUCUGCCUGCUGUAGUUAGAUCAUGGCUGACAAGCUGAUCUCCAGCAGCAGCAUAAACGCUUCAUUUCUCCGUCACUGCUGCUCUCUCUGAGCCACCCGGGGCAGAGGAGUCAAACAGCAGCUGGCACGACGCCUAAGAGCAGUAGAUGUGAAGAUUUUUCAAGGAGCGGCUACUCAAACUUGAUGUGUCAUAAAUAAGAAAAUGACAGAAGCUUUUAUUUUCUUGCCUGAAGCAGUUUUUCCCCUCAGGUUUUGGAGAGGCAGUUUUUGUUUACUGACUAUGUAAAGUCAAAUUGUUUGCAUUUAAAAAUAAAUGAGUCAAGCAACCUCAAGAGGCCACGAACUAAAGAGAUGUUAGUGAUUAUCUUGCCCAAGUCUACAAUUAUUGCAGCUAAUAAGAGUUAUUAUUUCUCUCUCUCAGGUGGUCAUGUUUUACCUGUCUGAUGGAGGCCUGGGUAUAAUGACUGUGCUUUUACACCACUUUAAUGUGUCAGAUGAAGUUUAAGCAAGCUUUUAGUUAUCUUCAGAUGAAGUGGUGACAAUUUAGGGACAGAAAAAUGCUUUAACUCAAUAUUUCUAGUCCCACAUAACCCAUUAUUUGCAAAGUGUGCAAGCUUCCUUUUCUCCGCUAAAUCUGGUGCCAGAAGAGUCGUUACCGAGACAAGCAAACUCUGAAAAAGUGUUUGAGGAACAUCUCCCUGUUAAUGAGGUUAAUUUCCAACAGGUAAGUAACAUGAGUGGGUAUAAAAAGGACAUUCAGAGAGGCUGAGGCCUUGUACACACGUAGCCGGGUAUUUUUAUAAACAAAUAUCCAACCCCCCUGUUUAAAAAAAAAAAGUCACAUACACACUUCAUCGUUUUCAAAUAAAAGCCCAUCCACACAAAACCGCCAGACCUGGAGUCGGAAGUAUUUGCCAAAAUAUUAGACCCAUACUAUCCAAUUAGAGCAAGCUUCCCUUUCUUGUCGUCACCUCUCCAAACAUGAAACAUAGCACUGUGUAGUUUAUUUGUGUGGACCAACAAAGAGGUGAAGUUGCUUAUAAGCAUCGUUUUGGAGUUUAAAGUCAACAAGACACAAGAAAGGUAGAGGAAAGGUUAUUUGGUGUAGAAAGCACUCCCUCUUCUUUGCUCCUCACAAAAAUAGAUAUUCUGUAUAUAUCUGUGCUGUCCACUGCCUGACGUAAACAAGGGCACAUUAUAUAUGAUGUUUAUCUAUUAGUUGCCGCACACAAUGACGUUUUGGGAUUUAAAACUCUGGUUAUAUGUCCACACACAAACGCAAAACUGGUGUUUUCCAAAAUCUUCACUUUGGCUUAAGUUUUCCAAAAGCACCAUUUUUAAUGAUGUUGUCCUGCGGUUUUGUGUGUAUGGCAGGCCAAAACGUAUAGAAACGUAUUUGUUUCAGCAAAUACCAGUCUACGUGUGGACAAGGCCUGAGUCUCUCAGAGGGAAAGAUAGGAAGAGGUUCUCCACUCUGUGAGAGACUGUGUGAGCUAAUAUUGGUGUCAAGUGUCAGAGAAUGAGUUGAUUUCAUAACGGACAAGGGCCAAAACUAAGACUAGAUGAACCUUGGAUGAUCCUUCUGCCUUUUGACUCUGUAAUAAUAAUAAUAAUAAUUCAUUUUAUUUGUACAGCGCUUUUAAAAACACUCAAAGACGCUUUACAUAGUACGUAAGUAGUAGAAGUAGUAGUAGAAGUUACAGCUCAACACGGUUCAUCACUGCAUCUACACAUGCAGGUAUAAACUGUGCUCUCUCCCUCUCCUCCCUGCAUCCCUUAUGAGCAUGAGAAGAGUAGAAGCUGGAUGGAUGUUUAAUGAUGAUACGGAGUCAUAAACUAAACGUUGUCUCUGUCGGGUAGAAACUUUGUGGAUUUAGCCUCCAUCUUCUAAAUCAGCUGUGGAACAUUAGUUGUGUCUGAAAUACAAUUACAUAUACAAAGAUUUCCUCAUGUAACCUAAACCUUUGUACAUUAGAGCUGUUCAAUAAAAUUAAAUAUUGACACUAUGCUAAAACAAGUGUAAGGUAAUGCCCUGUAAAUAGGGCAUUACCUUACGCUUGUCAGGUGUCUUUGGGGUAACUGUAGCCCUCUAAAGGACAGUUACACACUUUUAAAUCUGAAGUAGUAAGAUUUAAGUAAGCUGAUUUUUGGAGCUGAUAUUCUGCAUUCUGCAUCAGUAUUAGUCAUUCAUUUUACAAACAGAUUAUUAAAUUGGUUAUCAGAUAGGUUGGUGUGUCUCUCCCUCUGGGUCUGUUUUCUUGCCCCACUUUGAGUCACCUAUGUCCUGUCCAUCCCACUCUCUAAUUGGCUAGAAGUCACAUGAUCAAACAAUUUAACUCAACUGUAAGUGACCGAUUAACUGGUACCUCCUGUAUAUGAUGCUGAAUGUUUCAGAUUUCAUCAAAAAUUUGUCAAAGGCAUUAAAACAAAGUUUGUGUCCUAAUUUGUAAUAUUUUGAAUUCUGAAGUUUGACAGAAAGUUUUCAUUUUUAAUGUUUACCAGUUUAAGGUCUUAUAACUCAGUUUGAUAUGAGACACCCAGCAGCUUUAAUCCAUUCAGAAACAUCUUAGCUAAAAGCUUUCACCUUCGACCAGGUAUGCAUCAUAUAAAAACCUUUUAGUUGUGUAUUUGUUCCUUUUCUAUGAACACAGUAAAGUACAAACGUACAGUAGAGACAUUAUGUGUUGCAGUUAGAGGCCUCAUGUGCUGAUCCUCACUGAUGCUGAGUGUCCACCGGUCUGUGACAAAGAGUGUUUCUGGCCGUUAUCUGCCGCCGAACCACAAUUACUGAAGCAUCACAAUAAAAUGCAGAGCAUGAAAUUAGCUGUGGCUGCCCCCCCCCCCAUCACCACCUCAUCACCACCUCAUCUUCCUCCUCCUCCUCCACCACCUCUCUUCCUCUUAUCCCUCCUUCAUUUUUUUCCACUUCUGGCACUGACUCCCAUAUUUUUGCUCGACCUCUGGUUUCACAGUGUGAGAAAGCAGCAUCACAGCGAGCACAGUGAGGGCUUACGUCUACGCUCAGCUUUACCAGAUAACAAACAGCUUGUCUUUUUCCCACCUUGUUGUAAUGCUGCUGGCCUGUGUUCAAAUAAAUGACAUUUUUAAUAUGCAGAGCGGCAGAGAGGCCUGAGCGGAGCCUCGGUCUGUUUAGAUACUAUACAUUCUGGAUCACUGUAUUAAAUUGUGGAGGAUUUCUGUGAAUGGCUUUGCUAACUCCUCAGGCUUUGUAGCUAUAAUACACGGGUCCUAUUGACUACACAGGCAUGAAUCUGCACACAUCUGCACGCAGCCCCCCUCUCCCUCCCCUGUGACAGGCAGCUAGAUGAGCCUCAGUGAGCUGAGUAACGAGCUAAUCAUGAGCAUCCCAAUAAUAAAUAGGCCUUGUUCAUAGUCCACUAAUCCCAGUCAUUUAGCCCCAGUGUGGCAGCAGAAAUCAAUUACUCCAGCUGGGCUCCCAGUGCAGGACACUGCUCUGCUGUCCAGCUGCACACAACACGCACACACCUUUGACUCCUGCUACACCAGCAGACAUCAUCAUAAUUUUUUACUGGUGUGAAUCUUAGUCACCAAUUAGUUUAAGGAACCAUAUAAUCAACAACUCCUCAGCUCUAAAUGCUGUUUUUAACUAAUUCUGCAUUAACUUUGGACUCAAACCAAUGCUUGUAGUAGAUGCACAGUUUGUCAACACAAAGACGCAUAAAUAUUUAUAUAUACAUACUAACAGUGUUUGCUGCAGACACCAAAGCCUGCAGUUACAUAAUUGUUCAUUUAUUUUUUUGUUUGGUAAUUUGUUCAUAAUUGGAUUUUUUUUUAUUAACAGUGAAAUGAAAUGAAAACAUUCAUUUCUCAAAGAGUCAUCGGUAGGUCUUUAUAUCUGAUCAGACUUUAUGAUAAACCGCCUGCAGUAAUCAUGUUUAUGUCUGUCCUUUUUGUUUGCCACGUCUCCACAAGCUUGACUGAAUCUCACCUUAAUUACAAAAGUAUCUAAAAAACAAGGCUGCAAGGUAAAGGAGGUGUAGUGAGACUCUAAAAGCUUUUCAAGGUCUCUUCUUUUUCCCAUUUAUUAACCUCCUAAAGUCCUAUCCUUAUUUUCUUUUCCUUUCCUUUUCUUUUUUUUGUCUUCCCCACCUUUCCUUUCCUUUCCUUUCCUUCCUUUUCUUCUCCACCUUACCUUUACUUGCCAUCCUUGUCUUUCCUUUCCUUUCCUUCCUUUUCUUCUCCACCUUACCUUUACCUGCCAUUCUUGUCUUUCCUUUCCUUUCUUUCCUAGCCCUUUGUUCCUUUCCUUCCUUUUCCUUUUCCACCUUCCCUUUUACUUGCCUUCCUUUUCUUUCAUUUCCUUGCUUUUCCCCUGCUUUCCUCUCCUUUCUUCCUCUUACACUCAUAACCCCCUUUCUUCACUCCUCUCUCUCUCUCUCUCUCUCUCUCUCUCUCUCUCUCUCACACACACACACACACACACACACACACUCUCUCUCUCUCUCUCUUACACACCUCAGGCCUUUUAUUUACUGGGCCUGCUCACUGUGUGCAGAGGAUGUGUGCAGAGAUACCUCCCGGCGUUCACCGCCGAGCUCCUCUGUCAUUCCUCACGCUAACCCGUAGGUCUAAUUCUCUGACAAGCCGUUUGAUUGGUUGGUGCAGGUGUGGAGAUGGUGGGAGGAGGCCGGCUUCAGCCAAUCGUUGAGCUGCACGCCCAUCAGGCUGACGGCGAGCAGCAUUGCCAUGGUGAUGUCAUCCUCUUGCUGUGAGUCCGCCUCCGUGGGACAAAGCCCUCUGAUUACCGUGAGAGGAGAGAGGAGUGAUGAAGACUCUGAUGAUUAGAGCAGGAGGCAGAUUUUUACUGAUCAGACCCACAAAUCAGCUCACAAACACGACCUCAGGUGAUCUGUUGUUGCUUCACCGCUGGGGCUGCUGUCUGAAAAAAUCCAGAUUAAGGAGAAAUUACUUUAAGAAUUAAACACAGACCCACUGAUGAGGAUUUGUUUUUGGGCUCUUAUUUUAUUUUUUUAACUCACAUUCAACCACACUUUGUCAUUUCCUGACAGAGGGGUGAAUAAAGCUUUAAGACUACAAAGAAAUGUCCUCAAAAAUUCUCUGCAAUAAAGCCUUUGAACAAAGAGACCUCCUGCUGGGAGCCUCAGGACAUUGUUGUUUUUAUAAUCCUGUUUCCGUGGAUCUGAAACAAAAACUCUGAUAUCCACAGCCUUCAGUUUGUUCUCAAAAGAAAGCUCAGGCCUCUGUCUUUGUGGUCAUUACGUUCUGCUGUUGUCAAUAAGAUUAUGUUACAUGUCCUAAAAUGUGAAAUAUGAUGAUAAAAUGAUAAAGCACAGGAGAUUUAAAUAACCUUUCAGUUUAGUUUGUAGAGACGCAAACCAUUGAACAGUAAUAAUGUCAUUCUAAAAUUAACCUAUAUAACAUCCUUAUUGAUGAUAGAUGAGGCCUAACCAAAAUAAUGAUGAUCAAAAGUAUAAGAAAAUACCUGUUAUUCAUGAGCAACCCGAACCUGUUAAAAAAAAACAGGAAUACCAAAGUAUUGCUCUUUUAAAGAUCCCUCAUUAAACACUGAAUUUUAACAGUUACCUGCAAUUUAUCAAUCAUUUAAAAUUCCACUAUUUUGCAUUUAAUAAUAGUUUUAAGUCAUAAUGUACAAUGCAAAGCCGUUCUUACCAGCGUAUGUAUUUGGAAAUGUGUUUGAUGCAUUUAAAUAUUAUUUCUAAACUUGGCUCUGAGAUUUAUUAUUCAUAAAACUGCUGCACUGCUGUACCAGUUUUCAACCACAGUGUAUUCUUAUUUUAUGAUUUUUAAAGAAUAACACACAUUAAAGCUUCAGUGAGGCGUUUUUGGAUGUUAAUAAAAUAGAAUGAAACUCAUAUUAGAGUCUUUUAUGUUGUACAAAAAAACAAACAAGACUAUCAGUGGCAAGAUGGAUGACAAUCAAUGAUACAUGUGACCAUCACAAGUUAGCAGGGUGAGAUUUUUGUUAGAGUGCACCACUAAAAUAUGCGAAUAACAACAUGAGCAAACACUUCUUUGUCCACAGGGGUGCCACAAAUGACACAAAUUCCAAGUUCCUCACAGGAGCUUUAAGAAAUAUGCAGGAGUGCAUGUCCAAACUGUCAGAUAAGAAGUGCAGUUCUUCUGAGAUUAUUUGGAUUACUUACUGACCUGCAGUGAUCCCUGGUUAAUGCAACAGCACUUGCACUUUUUGGGAGUUCAAGUUUGGUUGGUUGGUUGUUCCCCAUGUUGACGAGGCAAAUGACCGGGGAGCAACAAACCAGCCAGAGUGCUUCCUUUAGAUCUGAACCACAGGCCUGUCUCUAUCCACACCCUCUAAAGUAGUGCCGUGUCAGCAUCUGUGUUGUGAUUAUCUAGUAGGCCUGGGCGAUUUUGCCAAAAAAAAAAGAUCACUAUACAUCUUGUCAUAUCGUCCGAUCUCCAGUAUUAUCAUUAUUUUUUUUUCGGAACUGCCAGUUUUAAAGCAUCUGUACUAGAAACUAAAGAAACUAGAGUUUAGUUUAAAAUUGUAUUAACAUACAAAAGUAAAAAACAAAGCAAAUUAAAUAAGAUAAACUUUGAAAAAUAUAAAAACCAUUUUAACUUAACAGUUCAACAAAUGUAGAUAAAUAUUAAAUAAUACAGUGAACUGGUUUACGGUUCUGAGUGUUUCUGCAGGUAUGGAAGACCCUAAAUAAACAAACCGCCCCCUCAGGAAUAAUGAAGAUGCCUUAAAAACCUGCUCAUGCCACUAGUGCUAUCAACAGUGGCAGGCUGUACAGACUCCACUUGCAUUUUCAUACUUUCCGCAUAAUCACUCGGGAAGCAUUUCUUUAAAUGAUCAAACAGAUUUGUUGGGUUUCCAGUUUUUAAGGGCACCAACUGCAGACAUACCUUAUGCAUUGGCUUAAUUACUCGACAUCAUUUUGGAGAUACCUGAACCACCACCACACAACCGACACUGAAUAACUUUUCUUCUCAACAACUGCAUCUUCGGAGGAUGACUCAAAGUCAUGACUGACAUCUAUUUUGCUGCCCUCAGCUCUGCGUUUAGUUCCACGUUUGGUCGUUCUGUUUACUUCUCCUGUUUACUUCUACAGCAACUUACAGAAGUGAGCAAGAAAAGCUUGACUCUGAUCGGCUGUUGUCACGCACAUUUCCGCCAUGUUUGAUCAAGUAAAUAUGCUCACAGCUGAUCACCGUGAUCGAACUGAAAUUUAUCACGAUCAUUAAUCAUAAUUAUAGUUCUAUCGGUUCUAUCAUUGUCAGUUAGAUUAGCUCUACCUGUAUGAUUAGCUCAGAAUCAGAGUCCCAUGUUGGUUUUUUAAUCUUGUUUGACACAAUAUAUAUUUUGGGCAUUUUUGCCUUUAUUAGACAGGACAGCUGUACUGAGACAGAAAAUGUGGAGAGUAGCUGCCAGAGAGACCAGGCCAUUGGCCUUUUGGGCAGCAGACUUUUGACUUGACACCCAAGCCUGUUUUUUUUUUUUUUUUACAGUUUAGAAAAAACAUUAAAAUGCCAAACUUCAGUUUUCCCUUAAUCUUAGGUGACUGUGCAUUUUUAGUAAUCAGGUUAUUGUUCUGACUGUGUGUGAAACUCCUUGUUUUGCCUGUUCAGACAUGAGUGUGAGGCUCUGAUGGUGCAGUGGUUUGUGUUUUUUAACUUGCAGCAGAGAGGCUCAUCUGGUAAUCUCUGGCGGCUUGUUUCUGUCAUUGCUUUGUCAAAACAGCCCAGAUGACACUCAUGUCAAAUGCUCCUGUGGGAACAUUACUGUGAUAGAGUAUGUGUGUGUGUGUGUGUGUGUGUGUGUAGGGGGGGUUACAGAGGUUAAGGGGAGCUAAUUUCACGCCUUUUUAUUUGUGCUGGUCUCAGGAGAGGAGCUCUCUAUAAGCAUUGUCACCUCCAGCUGCUUCAAAUGGGGCAGACUGGGAGGGGCCUGCAUGACCCCUAUGCAUACACACACAUACACACCCGCGCACCACAGACACCAUUCAGGGCCCUUAAUCAAUGUAACUGACAUUUGAUUAUAUUCCUCUUAUUGCUCACUCUUUGAAGGAUUUUGCACUUGCUUGCUUGUUGGCUUCUUGUGUUUGGUGUUUGCACUUUUGUUCAAUAAGAAGAGCUUAACCUCUGGUUGCAAUAAGGAAAAAAAUACAUCAAGCAAAAUUUUCCUGAUAAGUUUCUUGAAAUAUAUGCUGCAUGUUUUCAGAGAAUUUGGCUUUGCAUUAUAAUCAAGAAAGUAUUUUUAGCUGGAAAUCUAUUAUGCUUUGUUUCCAGUUGCAAUUAUUAUACUGCAUUAUACUUAAUACAGGUCACACUCACACUCCUCUUUUUUUUUUUUUCUGUAGGUUCAUCGGCGAUCGGCGGAGCGUCUUCGAGACUUGUGCUGUGCAAACCGGGGAACUUUCAUCAAGGUGGGUCAGCACCUGGGAGCUCUGGACUACCUGCUGCCUGAGGAGUACACGUCCACGUUGAAGGUGCUGCACAGCCGAGCUCCUCAGAGCAGCAUGGAGGAGAUCCGGCAGGUCAUCAGAGAAGAUCUGGGUAAGGAGGUGAGUCUGACAUCGAGUUUACAGAUAAUAUUUCAAUUUUCUUUAGCGUGGAUAUUUCUCUAUAUCCUGGGUUGUUGGUCUUCAGUGUUACCAUGACUACAACAGUUUACUUCAUAAAUCAAUUAUGUUAUUCCAAAUAUUGAUAUCAAGGUAGAGCUCAAGAUGAUAUUUCCAGUCUUUACAUGGUGUAUUUGUUCCUCUUUUUGAGAUUUGUAGUUUGUAGUAAUUCUACAUGUUUAGUCUGUCUAAAGCGCAGGCCCCGAUUUUUCUACCUCUCUCCCUCUGAAGGUGAGACUACCUGUCUGUGCUCCAAGGCUUUGCAGGGAGCAAAGAACAAAAAAAGCUAAUGAAGCAGAAGUGGAUAUUUCUGACAUUUUGUCCUUUUUACAUUUCAUAACCUGCCGCGGUCCUGAUGCUGCUGUUAAUGCUGCUGUUAGUGCCGAGCACAGAGUUUGCUCUCAGACUGGCUGUUACAAAGCUUUUUAGAGCCACUGCAGGUGAGCCCAUCGUUCUGUUCUCCUCAGAUACAGUACAUUGGUCCUGUCCCUCUAUUACUGCCUCAGCUUAUUCUCUGUGAGUGUGUGUGUGUGUUAGAGGAACGGCUGUGCUGAUAAACUUCAUUUAUCUGCAGAUUGGGAACAGUGAAAAUACUGCUUCCCUCAAGUAACAUGGUAAAAGCUAAUUCAUUAAUGUUAAAAUUAGAAAUAAAUGUUGUCAAACAUGGUUGGCACAGAUUGAAAUGUGGAUACACACCAUGAGAUGAGCACAUGUAUUUCAGCAAGUUGCUGUCUGUGCAGCCAUUCCUUAAAGCUCCAGCGGUGAAACCAUUUACAUUGUCUGUGGUUCUAACUUGCAAAGUCACCAGUUGACACCACAUUGUCUCUUAUCUGUAACGUUAUUGUAAUAUCGCUGUGAUGGCUCAGAGGAAGACUCCUAAGAGAUUUUUCCCUCCCCUUUUUCUUUUUCCUUAACUUGGAGCCUUUUUUGUCCUUCAAUGCUUUUAUUCAGUUUUUUUUUUUGGCCUUUUAUUUGCGAAAUGUCAGACUUAUUUCUACUCUGCUGUUAAAAUUUGUUUCUUUUAGUUUUGUUUCUAAAGGCACUAUAUAACAGACUGAAUUUUAUUAUCAUUAUCAUUAGAAAGUAACUUUUUUUCGAUUACGUUACAUACAAAGAACAAUCAACAAACAAGUUAGCAAGAGACUGCUUGUAGGUCAGUCAGUGAAAACAUGCAAACCUAUAACACUGCAUCUGUCAUAUGAAGGAUAUGACCUCUUCUUCAUUUUCACUGCCCUCCUGUUUCUUCAUCUGUCGGGGUUUUGUGUGUAACUUACACUGUAUAAAUCAUGAACACAGUGAAGCCCAUAAGUAACUGUCACUGCAGCCUAACUUUUUCAAGCUACCGUGGUGGAGUUGAGGCAGGCCUUUAGCAUCGUUGCAAACAGUGUAAGUGUUCCUGCCUAUCAGCCAAGUUGGUGCACUGAUUUUACAAGCUAACAACCUCAAUAUCUUCAAAACAAAUGUGUCAUUAAAAAAAUUCAUCCACUAUUUGCAGAGAAAGGAAUGAGUUAUUCAGACCAAAAUCAUUUUUUUAAACCAGGCUGUAAACACAUGUGUUUGUGGUAUAAAGAUGGGCUUUUUUGAAUGAGUGUGUAUGUGGUUGCUGGUGCCUCUGCAGUCAGCCUCUAGUGGACACUAGCAGAACUGCAGUUUUUAAGCACUUCUGUAAAACGUAAAGGAGCCUUGAAUUUAAAGUGAACUGUGUUAAAAUGGUAAAUUAAGGUGAUUUUUGUAGUUUUUUGAAUUCCUACAAAUGUAAUAAAGAGAUUCAAACUCUUUUUUGUUACUCCCAUUGAGAGAAUAUCAUCUAUCUUUUUUAAAGGUCAGCAGCUUCAGUCAACUUUUCCAAACUGCUUCACUUGGAAAUGACUAGCUCUUAGUAUCAGUAAAGUCAUGCAAAAAGCCCAAAAGUAAAAUAUUGCAAAAGGGAAAUGAGUCUGAAAAGCAUAAAUUUUUAUAAUAAGGUUUAUAAGGUUUCAUUUUAAACCUUAUAAAACAAUUACAAACCAAUAGGAGUGUGUUAAUAAGAUGAACAUGAGUCAAUCACAGUCAACACAAGUUGCACCCUGUAAUUCAAACCACUUCUGCAGAAUUUCUCUUCCAUCUUCUUCAUUUUCUUUUAAAUGAAGGUGUGCAUUCAGUGUGAUUUCCUGCUGUAUUUGUGCGGCUCAUCAUUAGCCUGAAUAGAUGGAGCUAUAUCUCCUCUGUGUACAAAGACGGCAGCAGAGUGAAUCAGCCCUCCUCUCUUCUGGAGUGUUGGGAGAAGAAGUGACUCUGAUGAGUGGUGCUAGGCAGCUCUGAAGUCAGCUUCAGCAUCAUUUCCUGCAGCUACACAUGCUCCCUUAUUCACAUGUGUAUUUAUUCUCAUUUCUGUUGGAUAUACAAGUAGAGAGUAGUGAGGAGGGUGCAGCACCGAGCUGUUUUCAGCACCAUUUGUGGCAACAUAUGCAUUCCCACUGUGCGUGGCUUUGGAGAGCCGUGCCUUCGCUCUGGCUGCCAUUUCCCCUCCACAGUGAAACUGCUGAAAGGCCAACUUGCGCAAUAUGUCGUUUUACAGAGCAGAAUCUGUUUCCAGACAUCUGAACUUUAUGCUGAGCUGGUGCUGAGGCACAACUUAAGUCACACAAACUGCAUCUGGAGAACUUGGGGUCUUUUCAAGGACUUGGAGGUUCAAGAGCUAGCAGGACAACAGUGCUUUAUUCAGAUUUCACGGCGACUAGGUUAUUGUGUAUUUUCGUACAGUGUUUUGAAGGCCACUGAAGUUAGGUCUCUAACCAUCCUGUUUGAAAUGCUGAAGUGGACUCAAGAUUUCUGCUUUUAAACCGCGUUUAAGCAAAAGAAAAAGCAUGAAAGGCUGCAAUCACAACAUCUCUAAAUGACAGCCCCUCUCCUGAAGUUGUUAAAGUUCCAAUAAUAUGAAAGUCCCACUCUGAUCGUUUUUUUUUUUUUUUUUUUUUUUUUUUACUACUUAAAGUGUUCUCAGUGGUCUUUAAAUUAGGAUUAUGAAGUUUUUAGCUAAAGUCAUGUUACCUGUGUCAUUUUCAAGGACUUUUCUCCUUCAGAGCUCCAGUAGUGCCUCUGAGUCGGGGGUGGAGACAGCGCUGCUCUGCACACUCCUCUUCAUGCUAGCAUGCAGUCUAACAUUGCCGAUGUAGCAGGUAACACAGGAGCUAUUCAGCUCCUGGACUCUAAUGUCUUUUUUGGGGACAUGAUGAAAGUUAAUAUCAUAAUUAGCUUUGCCCUCCCUACUUCUUGGGGUCUGGCCUACAGAUUUGGGGUAGAAUCAUGGACUUGUGAUACAGAAAAUCUCACUGUGUCUGAACCUGCUGUUCUGGCCGCCAGAGGUUCACACCAAUUUGAAUGCAAAAAUACUCAGAAAUGCAAUUUUGCACUUAGUUUUCUCAUGAUAUGUCCUGUUGUAUCAGAAAAAUGCCAUAUGAACAUGUAGACAGCAAGAAAACAUGAUUUUCAUCAGAGUGGGUCAUUAAUACCAUGCUUAAUUAAACUACUGUAACGUUUAGUUUUUGGUGAAAGAGAGGGAACAGUGAUGGUUGAUCAAGUUAAAGAGGGUGCGUCACUGUAAGUAAGCAAAGUAUAAAAUAGGACAUUAUUUCAUUGCAAUUCUGCUGCAAUAUGUAAGACCAGAAUUCCACAACUCUGCAAAGUGCAAAAGUGUGGUAAACAAUUAGUUUACAGUGUGACCUAAAGCUCUUUUAAAGACACAUUUUAGUCCUUUUAGCAUCUCAUUGUGAUGCAAACAUGGUUUUUAAGUUUUAUGCAGACAUCGAAGAGCAGAGGAUAGAAAGUGACUGUCUCUACUCAUCUACUCCAUCUGUGGAUCUCCAGCACUGCAUGACUGAAGCAAUAAAAUGUUGAAGAAAAGACCUCUGCAGAUACACACACGAUUACAGAACAUAAACUCUGGUCUUAAAGAAAAUAACUUCAUCUUUGGUGCAUCAUCUUUCUAGAGUUUUAUAAAUUAUAGUUUUGAUAAAGUCAUAACACACUACACCCUAGAAUUAUUAUUUAAACCAGUAAAAACACAAAUAAAUCAGUCAUCAGGUGGUGUUUGUUGUCAUCUGUAUUAUUUCUUUGAGCAGCGUUUGUCAGAAAGAGCUUAUGCUAGCCUGUUUGGUCCUUAUUUUGGUCUGUAGCUUUUUUCAGGACAGGACCCCUCCAGUCUGCUUUUAAAUUAGUUUUUCAUAUUGGUGGUUUCAAGUGUUAAAAAAACGACAACAUAAAAACCGUCAGUCUUGUUGCUGCUGGUCUGCUUUUCUUCUGGUUAUCACGAAAAGGCAUCCAAAUGAAUUUCAGCCUGUUUGAUGAGCAUGAAGGAGCUUUUACCUGUGAACAUGCACACAGAGGGACAGCGUUAACUUACAGCCUCUACAGCUGCAGAGCAGGUUCAUGCAGAAGACGCUGAGGUUUCCUCUGAAGAACUUACUAUAACUUACCAUGCAGUCCUACCUUCAACUGAAAAGGGAAACAACAGCCAGUUCAGUUUGAAAUUCAGAGUCUGUUUCAGCUCUGAGUUUUCAAACUUGUUUCCAAUUCUUUGUUUUUCCACCAUCAAUCGGUUCCUACUGAUGGAGGCCUCAGUCUGCUGUAGUAACAGCUGGAACCAGCUGGCCCCCAGCCAGGAGUAUUAUUGUGUCUGAAAGAACGAACUGUGCCACCGUCCCACAGCCACGAGCUGAAUAAUACCUCCCCUCUGGCCGUGCACAGUCAAGUGGUCCCAAAACACCAGAGCUCCACUUCUAAAAAUAAGCCCAGAAAAAUGGUUAAACAUGCACAUUUAGAGUGUAUUUAAGUGCUUUUAAAAAGUUAGUUAAUUAUUUCAAUGAAACCUGAUAAAUGCACAGUAAAGACGUGGAUGCUCCAGCUCAGUGAAGCUCUUUCUUUCUGCAUUUGGAAACAUUUUUAAAGGUUUCAAAUUUGCAUUUUAGAUAUGACUAAAUGAUUGUCCUUGGUGUGGAAAUGCACAGUUCACUCUGCAUGAACAAAGUGCACAUGCACAGCCUCCUCCUUAAUGAAGUGACCCUGAGCCUCACAUUUAGACACUUCAGAGAGGAUGCAGGAGUUUUUACUCCGAAAGCUUUGAUUUCCUCUUCUCAGUAAAAUACUCUCUCUCAUUUCUCCUCCUCUGCACUGUAAUGAUUUAUGUGUCUUCUUCCAGCUGGGGCUGUGGCCGUCCGCCAGCAGCCCAAACGGCCACCUCACUGCGCUGACACAGACACCACCAUGUUCCCAUCCAACGCUGAGGCCUCAGGGGCUGUUUUAUUUGUGCCAUAACUCAUUUCUGGGAACGUAUGUCAUUGCUGGUCUGCCCAGUGGGAGCGGACCCACACAUACAUUACCAUGUUUAUUAACUCCACAGCUGAGAUUAACAUGAGCCGAGAUCAGAGUGUUUGUACUCGCAUCAUAAGAAAACUGCAGCAGUGGACGGUGACACAUUCAAAUGAGUAAAAACAUGAAUUUUCUGGGAAUAUUUUAAAGGGAAAAUGGCAAAUUUCACUGGGAUCCCUUAUUGUUGCUAAAAGUGGCGAGCCCACCAGAGAAAUGACAUGUUUCCUUAACCCAUGAAAACUCUUUAUGCAUGUCAGAUCCCUCUGGAUCUCCCUGGUCGUGGUGUGAGACACUCCAGGGUGCAGACAAUUUCAUUCCAUUUAACAUAUUUACAUAAUGAGGAACUCAGCUGUUCCCACAAAGGAUCCCGAGCUGCUUGCAUAAUUUAUCAUCCGAUGGCAUCUUCUGCAGGGCUCAUGUUCAGCAUCUACCUGAUGGGCCAACAUGGUGUUCAAAUUAGCCUCUCUUGAUGUUUCACAAGGUAGCGACAGCAGGGAAUUCCCUCCCACGGCACAGUCUGAAGUAUGAAUAUGAAACACCUUCAGUCUCUCUCCCAGCUUUACAUCUUAGUUCAGACGAGCCAAUCACAUGCCAGUCUGAGUUAUGAGGUGAUGGUUUGAGUGAGUAAUAAAGAGGUCACACUGGAUGGGCAGAAAACGUAAGCACACCUCUGAUGCAACGUUUGUCUCUAAAUUUUCACUCUUAUCAAACUGAUUUGUAAAACAUGGUGCUGAUGACUCAUGAUGAGCCUGUUGUGUUGUUGUCCUGCUGAAAGCUAACAGACUUUCAUGUGGUACACUCUUGCAGACGUGUCCCUCCUCCCCCUCCUCACUCAGUGGACAGGUUUGUUUCUGUACUGCAGGACGGCCUCAGGGUAAACGUGGAGGCUCUAAAGCACACAAUAAGUCAGUCCUAAUGACUCCAGGUCCCUCAGGAGGCCCGUUUAACCUUCAAACCCACACGCUGCUUUCCAUGUGUGUGUUCACUGUGUCCACAGAGAUGAGUGGAAGCUAAUGAGGGACCACCUCUGCUCAGAGGGCUCCCUUGAUGCUAAUAGCUCAGCACUGUGAUAAGAGAUUUGGAGGUGGGCUGAGUGUAUCAAAGGCAACAGUGUCUUUACUGCUGCAGCAUCAGACCCAGAGUUUUCUUCCAUAUAUAUUUAUUUCAUAAUGAAUAUUCCUCUUAUCUCACACUGCACAUUUCCCUCAUCGUCUGUACCUGGAUCCAGAGUCUUUGUCUGACUUCUUCUAUUCCCACUUAUCUUUGUUUUCUUGCAAACAGUCAGCGUUUAAAAUCUUAUUCUGACUCUUUAUGUUUAUUUUCUAAUGUUUUUGCCGAGGAAAUUGCUCACACAGCCAAAAAAAACAUCAGUCGGGCUUCUGUAAUUACUCUGGUCCUCCUGAAUUAAGCACAGUGUUGUGCACUAGUUUUUUUUGCACUUCUUAUUGUGAUUAAUUUUGUGAAGAAAAACAGAUUAUCGUUGAGUUCGAGUGAAAACACCACAUCAGUUAUUUCUCAAACUUUUCUCUUUUUUCAAGAAAAAAAAGUAAAACUCAUGAUCAUAAUUGUGUUAAUAAAACAACAGUGUUUACUUUAAAGUUAGUGUCAGGAGAGGAAAAUGUAUAUGAACUGUAUUCACAUGUAUAUACCCACAGACACAUACUCAUACUAUAUAUACACUGCAUCCGGAAAGUAUUCAUACCACUUCACUUUUUCCACAUUUUGUUAUGUUACAGCCUUAUUCCAAAAUGGAUUAAAUUCAUUUUUUCCCUCAAAAAUUCUACCCAAAAUAUCCCAUAAUGACAAAGCGAAAAACUUUUUUUUGAACAUUUAGCAAAUUUAUCAAAAAUAAGAACACUCAAAUGUUGCAUAUACAUAAGUAUUCACACCCUUUACUCAAUACUUGGUCGAAGCACCUUUGGCAGCGAUUACAGCCUCCGGUCUUCUUGUGUAUGAUGCAACAAGCUUGGUACACCUGGAUUUGGGGAGUUUUUCCCCCAUUCUUCCUUGCACAUCCUCUCAAGCUCAGUGAGGUUGGCUGGGCAGUGUCGGUGCACAACUACUUUCAGGUCUUUCCAAAGAUGUUCAAUUGGGUCCAAGUCUGGGCUCUGGCUGGGCCACUCAAGGACAUUCUUGGAGACUUGUCCUGAAGCCACUCCUUUGUCUUCUUGGCCGUGUGCUUAGGGUCAUUGUCAUGCUGGAAGAUGAAGCGUCACCCCAGUCGAAGGUCUCAAGCGCUCUGGAGCAGGUUUUCAUCAAGAAUUUCGAUGUACUUAGCUGCAUUCAUUUUUCCCUCGAUCCUGACAAGUCUCCCAGUUCCUGCCACUGAAAAACAUCCCCACAGCAUGAUGCUGCCACCACCAUGCUUCACUGUAGGGAUGGUAUUGGCGAGGUGGUGAGUGGUGCCUGGUUUCCUCCAGACAUGACGCUUGGCAUUCAGGCCAAACAGUUCGAUCUUCGUUUCAUCAGACCAGAGACCUUGUUUCUCCUGGUUGGUGAGUCCUUCAGGUGCAUUCUAGCAAAGUCCAAGUGGGCUGUCAUGUGCUUUUUACUGAGAAGUGGCUUCUGUCUGGCCACUCUACCAUAAAUGCCUGACUGGUGGAGUGCUGCAGAGAUGGUGGUCCUUCUGUAGGGUUCUCCCAUCUCCUCAGAGGAACGCUGGAGCUCUGUCAGAGUGACCAUCGGGUUCUUGGUCACCUCCCUGACCAAGGCCCUUCUCGCCCGCUUGCUUAUUUUGGCUGGGCGGCCAGCUCUAGGAAGAGUCCUGGUGGUUCCAAACAUCUUCCAUUUCUUAAUGAUGGAGACCACUGUGCUUUUUGGGAUCUUCAAUGCAGCAGAUAUUUUUACUUAUGUAUAUGCAACAUUUGAGUGUCUUAUUUUUGAUAAAUUUGCUAAAUGUUCAAAAAAAAGUUUUUCGCUUUGUCAUUAUGGGAUAUUUUGCGUAGAAUCUUUGAGGGAAAGACGGAAUUUAAUCCAUUUUGUAAUAAGGCUGUAACAUAACAAAAUGUGGAAAAAGUGAAGUGGUAUGAAUACUUUCCGGAUGCACUGUAUAUACACAAAUGCACACGUGUAUUAAACCUGCAUUAUAAGCUGGAUUUGCAUUUAAAAUAACCUUUCUUUAAAACAAAAUACAAGAAAAAGUACAGAUUGAAAGAUGAGGAGAGUGGUCCUGCUGCAGGAUCUAAAGAGGGAGAGACAAACCUUUUUAUUGGACAUCUCUAGAUAAAAAUCCACCAGAAUAAGUCAGACAGACUUUUAACCUUUAAAAUGCAAACACAUUGGUCUGCAGAGCUGUGGCACUUUUGGAUCUAAUAUGAGUCAAUUCUGACAUUUUUACUGAGGUUCUGCACACUACCGUUUGCUCCGCUUCUUUAACCUCCUCAGACUCUGAUAUUUAAGUUUCACCUUUAACAAAGUGAUUUGAACAAUGGAGGCUUGGAGGGAAACUUCAAGGAAAGCAGGAGAGAGAUAAAGUCCUCGAACAUGUAAAAAACGUGAUAAAACUGUGAAAAAAGAAAAAAGAAAAUAUAAAGAAAUGAAGGGAAAAAAAUCCCACAGCAACACUUAUUGGGGUUCAAGAAGAAAAACAAAUUUACUCCCUUUACAUUUAAAUUGAAAUGCCAUGUUUUAAUGUUUUAUUCAGUCUAACUCAUAUCAUCAGUGAUCUUAAAUCUCCCCUGUAAAUCUGCACAUAAUGUAUUUACAUAAGCAGACUUUGGAGACCGUGAGAUGAAAUCAAAGUGUUUUUACAGGAAAAAAAAAGUGAAGCAUAAAAUUUGAAUAAGCGAGAAUUAAAAAAACAUAUUUUUACCUUGUGAAAUUCAUUUUUUUUAAACUGAUUCUUCUUUAUUGAGCUUCACCUUUAAACUGAUUCAGUUUUAUUCGUUUACAGAUAUAAAGAAGCAAAAUAAGCGUUGUUGAUCUCUUAGUAAGGAGACACACUCAUGGGUUUUACAGGUGCAACACACUUAAAAGUCCCUACAGCCUAACUGAUAUUGUUGCGGGUUAGUUUUUCAGGAUGUUAUUCUAGAUACUUAAGUAUUGGACCAUCUUUCUGUUGUACCACUGAGAACUUGGGGAACAACAUCAUCUCCUUUUUAUUUUGAUGCAUAAGGAAAAUUUAAUCAAAAUUUGAGCUAUCUAAACAGCUUGCAUCCAAUGGGUAACUCUCUUUAGAGGCUGAUGUUAUUGUUAGCAUGCUUAUCAAGAGUUUAGGGUAACUUACUAGGGUAACUUUAGGGUAACAGCAUCUUGCUCUCUUUUCUGGCUGCACCUCAACGGACCUCUUUCAAAGUUUGUGUUCAUCCUCAUUCUUUCCUGGAUAGUUCUUUUAUAUUUCUAACAUGUUGCUCUGUUCUUAUCCCUAAAAUUUCUGUAAAAUCUUUGCAGGCAAAACACACAAUGUGAGUGCAGGUGAGCACACUUGUCAGCCCUCUCUUUAAACUGAAUAAACUCUAAGGACCUUAUGCGCUAAACAAGCAUAACAACAGUUAAUGCCCGAGUCUUGGUAUGAGUCCAUGUCUGCAAUGCACCAGUCCAAGUUGAGUCACCAGUCCUGAAAAUCAGCCUGUAAGUCAGACUACAACAUUGACCCAUGUGCAUGCUGAAAAGUUGAUGUCUCACUGAAAAAGAGUAACCAUGAAAGCAGAAUUGAAAGUGAAUAAAUCCAAAUCUAAACAUCACUCUCUACCUUCUCUGAGCAGAGAUGAUGGAGAGAAUGAAUCACUCUAGUCCACAGGUUGAUCCCCCUUGUUUAGCCUCCUUAUUUUCUACAGUAUCUAAUAAUAGCUUGUAAACAGAGCUGAUGGGAUUGAUGGCCGCACUUCUCUCCCACUUUAAGGUUCACACCCCUUUUCCUCCUGUCUUAUUUAUCACCCCCCCUGCAGCUGUCAGAGUUAUUUGUCUCCUUUGAAGAGAAGCCUCAGGGUGCAGCCUCCUUAGCCCAGGUCCACAAGGCAGUGUUGCAUGAUGGGAGGACGGUGGCCGUCAAGGUCCAACACCCCAAAGUGCAGAGACAAAGCUCCAAGGACAUUGUGGUGAUGGAGGUGAGUUUGUCUGAACUACAGCGAAGUGAAGAAGUCAGGAGGAGUUGAGGGCUCUGAGUCAGUGAGCCUUACUCACCGACUUAUAUCAAGAGGAAAUCUGUUUUUCUUUGUUUUAAACCAAAUAGUUAAAGUGUUAAUUAUUUUUCUUUAUCUUUAUUGACUUUGGUUUGAUUUGGAGCAGAACAUAUCAUCUGUGGCUAAUACCAGUUUGGUAAACUUCUCAACAGAGCAGAUUUAUUUAAAUUAAGGUUGUUUAGCACUCAGACUUUCAAAAUGAUGAGCUCUCAGUCACUUUUCCUCCACCAAAUUUAUUACAGCGUCCAGUGUCAGCCACUGACAGGACUGUACAUUCAGGCCUGUUUUAUUGUACAUGACAGUGAGGCUGAUUGUGAUUUGUGGUCUCAAGGUGUUACUGCGGGCGGUCCAUUGGCUGUUCCCGGACUUCGCCUUCAUGUGGCUGGUGGAGGAGGCCAAGAAGAACAUGCCGCUGGAGCUGGACUUCCUUAAUGAGGGUCACAACGCUGAGCAGGUCGCCAAGAUGCUGGGGCACUUCCCUUUUCUCAAGGUACUAACUUGGACUUCUGAUUCUCAUUUUAACAGCAGAUCCACAAUGCUCACAGAGGGAUUUAUUCCUAACUGUAUUCCUAACACACUAACGCACACACGCAUACACGCAUACACGCACGCACGCACACACACACACACACACACACACACACACACACACACACACACACACACACACACACACACACACACACAAACAGAAACAAACAGUGACAAUCAGAGUCCGUUUGACUCAAAGCCUAAAAAAUCAAACAGCUGCUCAAGACAGUUAAUGGAGUUCAGAUGAUUUUGGGCCACUGACUCACUGUCUGUUGUCUUUCGAACAGAGGGGGGAUAGCUGAACACUGCAAAUCAUUUUCUUUUACCCAACAGAGUUGGACUUCACGUCAAUUAUCAUUUAAUUUCCUGGUGUCCUUUUUCUUAAUAUGCCUGUGUGAGAACUUUUAUUAGCUCUGCUGAAUGUGAUUUGGACUCCUCUUUCUUGCAGCCCAUCUUUGUUACGUGUUCACUCCCAGAGGGCUCAAACUUCUCCAAUUCCUCCUCUUUUUUUUUUCUGUGAUUCGCUUCUGUUUUAUGCUGAACUUUUUAAUUGUAUAAAAUGGUAUGGGACUGAGACAUAAAACUCUGCAGAAUGAAAAACUCUUUGCAAAUACCACAAAGCACAAGAGUUGACCAAAACUUCUCCUUAACACCUUCCAUGAAUCUCCGAAGUAUGAAGAAAAAAACUGCAACCUUGUGUUUUUGAUCAGCGCUUUAUUUCAAAAGUUCAACUUUUGUCAGAGAUUUAGAAACAUGGUUCAGAUACUGUGAGAAGUUUCUGCUGCAGAUGCCACACAGUUUGAAUCUUAUUUGGCUGGUUAUAUACCUUUUGUAAUUGAGGUGUGCUUUUAUAAAUAUCUACAGAAAAUAAAAACAAAGUCAUAGGUGCCUCUACCAAAAUGUUCAAGGGACAUUGUUUGCACUUGUAAGUAGUUUUGUUUUUCAGCAAGCUGAUGACAUUUAUCGAUGACACUCAUAAAUUAAUAACACUGUGGUGAGUAAAUAGUUAACCUCUGGGAUAAAAGCAAGGUAAGAGCAGGUAUAAAACCAAAUCAAACUUGCUAAAAGAUAAAUUAAUAGCUGCUUCUGUUGUGUGUAAAAACAGAAACUGAACUCUUUUGUUUUUCUUUCUUCUGCAAAUUGGACCAGUUUACCUUAUUUUACUUCAAAUGUCACACUGGAAAUAUGAACAUAUUUGAUCCUAUUACAGAUCUUUGGGGUGCUCUGCAGGCAAGCGUCCCUAAAACUGAUCCAGUAUUAGCUCUUUCUCUUACAAAAUAUUAUUCUUUUUUGUAGACUAGCCUGUUUCUCUCAAGAUCAUAUCUGAAAUGAUCUUAGACUCUUAAUUUUCAAACUGAGCCCUUUAGGACACAGAACAAGCUUUGAUGGUGGACUUCUUUUGAUUGAGACCAUUUUCCAGGAGCCUAUUCGACACUUGUCCUCCUUAUUAGUCAUGUUGACCCAAAUAAAGAAAGUAAAUGAGCCCACUUUAAGAAACACUUUUAGUCAUGUUCUUAUUGAAUGAGUCUUCUGGCUGAUAUUUAUUGUUUAAUGGAUGCUGAUGAUCUGUCAGAGGCCCAGCUCAGCCUGAAUGAAAUGAGUUUCACUUUCAGGACCUUGUAGAGAUCCAACCAGAGCUCAUUCAUCUUUUCAAACAUGUUUUGAUUAAUAGAGGUAUUAUUAAUAUCUGACACAGCAUGUUUUGUAGACAGCUGAGUGGUUUAAAAGUCAUGUCAGUGACUCUCUCUCUCCUUUGGACGUAGAAACAAUGAACAGUAGUCAACAACAGUGACGCCAUGAGGGACGACGAAGUACUGAGCUAAAUAUGGAGGAGCCUUUGUUGUAUACAGAAAGGGAAACUUGAAUGCGUAAUAAUCCGGAUGCUAUCUCACACACACACACACACACACACACACACACACACACACACACACACACACACACACACACACACACACACACACACAGAGUUAUAUAAUCUGAGAGUUGUGUAUAAAAACUAAUCAGGGUCCCAGAGAAAGGAGGAUUGUUUGAAGCCUGCUUUAACUGUGCUGAGAUGAAAAAGAGGAGGAGGAGGAGGACUCAGGUUAUCUGACAGGCUCCGUUUUAGACAUUUUCAAUGCAUUUAACUGAGUUCAUACUAAGACUGUCGCACCACAUCAUGAGACUGGUAUGACUGUCUACUUGUCAGCCAGUUAGCUCUCAUGGACACAGUGUAAUUUUAUUUCUACUAUUGCUUUUUGUUUAAACUUAACAUCUCUGGGAUCAAUCAAGGUUGAGGAUAAUUUUUGGUCUGUCAGGUUAUCAGAUUUUCAUCUUGCAAAAGCUACAGUAACAGCAUUUGUGAAACACUAUCAGUCAAGUUCAGGAAAGGCAAGACAGUUACAUCAAGUUUACUUCAAAAAGCAGCUGACCUACUUUCAUGUCAUCGUCCAUUUCUAAUGUUAAACCCGUAGACUGUAUAUAGAAUGCACGCCGUCUGCCUCCUCGCUGGGUGAAGCCACCCCGAGAACAGCACCCUCUGGUGACAGGCUGCAGUAUAGGUCAUAAAUCCCACCUCCUUCAGCAAUCCCUAUGGAGUCGUGGACAAACUUUAGAAAUUAAUUACACAGAAUAUACAUUUCUCUCCCCCUGCUUGUGAUGUUGAAAUGGUUUGUGCUCAAGUCCUGUUUUUUUUUGUGCAGCUCCAUUUUUAAAAGUUAUUAGGGGGUUCAUGUUUUCGAUCAUUGAUACUUGCUACAGCCUAUGGGCGUACAAAGAUUGCGUAGCACACCCGGAGGUUACGCUGUUUAAGCAGAGCGUCAUCACAGCAACUCUCUUGCUGAAUGCGUACAACGCUACUGCGCAUGUAGUGGUUCCAGAAAGUGGAGAAAAUCCCGGGAAUUACUGAGAGCAAUUUGGCUUUAAAUUUGUGUAAUGAUGGAAGGCGGAACCAAGUUGUCCAUAGUAUAUACAGUCUUUGGUUAAACCCGACAGAAACCUCUGACUCAACAUAAACUCACAGUCUGAUUCUGCUUUAUAAAGUCUCCACAAACACCUGUAUGUUCAGCUGUCAAACCGGUGAAGAAACUGUGUUUUCCUGCAGGUAGAGAAGAGAGAAAGCUCAGAGUAAAACACAAGAUAAUGAUAGAGUUGUGGACCUAAUCAAACUUUAUCCAGAAGUUUAAUAAACAUUCUGUCCUCUCUUUCUCUCCUCAGGUUCCAGUGAUCCACUGGCAUCUGUCCACAAACAGGAUCCUGACCAUGGAGUUUGCAGAGGGGGGUCAGGUGAACGACAGAGACUAUAUGAGGAAACACGGCAUCAACGUAAACGAGGUAUGACCUGUUGCUUUGACCUGUUUUAGACCAGACUGUUGAUAGCUUUGUUUGCAUGUGUAGUUUUUCUUCAACCUCAUUAAAAUAGUUUGAAUUAAAGCAGCUGACAUGAUUAAACUGAUGUGGUGAAGACAUGAACAUGCAUCGAGUCUAAAUCUGCCCGUUUGGAGCUGCACAGAGUGCUUCUGCAGAGCUAAUGUGUUGAAAAUAGCUUCUGCUCUUGUUAAAAAACAAAUCAUUGUGCCAAGCAGCAACCCCUGAUCUCGAUAAGUGGAGCCGAUGCUGAAGUGCUUAAAACUGCAGUUCCUCAAGUCCCUUCUUGAGGCUGUCUGCAGAAGCACCAGAAACCACAUGCACACCCAUUUAAAAAGCUUCAUUUGAGGAUUAUAGGAAUUAAGACUCAUUUGUUACUCUGACUGAGUUCUCCAUGAACUCUUAUCACUGGAUGAUGUUAUUGGAGUUAUAAUGCGCUUCAAAACCCUGAAUUUAAAGGAUGACGUCUCUAGUUUUGCAUUAAGGUGUAAUACAUAAUAAAUAAGACCCUCUUAAGGUGUCAUGUUCAUUGAUUAUAAGGCUCAUAAACCUGGCUUUAAGUAAUUGAGUUCAUGAUUUUUGCAGCAUCAGAGACACGGCUGACUUGACUGACAGGUGUGUAAACUGCAGCUGUUAACAGUGAGGCUCAAGGCCUGCCUCCACUUCCCCUUCUCUAAGGGCAGUAGCUCAGGAGGUAGAGCGGUCGGCCAAUAACUGAAAGGUUGGCGGUUCGAGCCCCGUCCUGUCCCUGGUCUGUCCAUUGUGUCCUUGGGCAAGACACUUAACCCACCUUGCUCCCGGUGUAUGUCCUCCACUGGUGUAUGAAUGUGAGUGGUGUGUGGUGGUGGUUGGAGAGGCCGUAGGCGCAAACUGGCAGCCAUGUUUCCGUCAGUCUGCCCCAGGGCAGCUGUGACUACUAAGGUAGUUUACCACCACCGAGGUAUGACUGUGUGAGUGAAUGAAUGAUGUAUCCAAUGUAAAGCGCUUUGAGGGUCACUAUAAAAUCUGAUGCAUUAUUAUUAUUAUUAUUAUUAUUAUUAUUAUUAAGUUUAAGAUAAGAUAACACUUUAUUAGUCCCACACGGGGAAAUUUCAAAGUUACAGCAGCAUAGUAUAGAUACAAAAAAGACAAAAAUUAAAAAAUAAAGUAACUUUGAGUUAAAACAAGAUACAUGCAUGUGUCAUAUUUAGAUCUGUACAGAAUUUACAUAAUACUAGGGUUUAUUGCACAUUGAGGUUUCUGUUGUGGAGUCUGACAGCUGCAGGAAGGAAUGACCUGCGAUACCUCUCUGACACACACUUUUGGUGGAGCAUCCUAUCCCUCAAGGAGCUCCUCAGUGCAGUAAGUGUGUGUUGGAAGGGGUGAGAGUCUCUGUCCAGCAUGGAGGACAGUUUGGCUGUGAUCCUCCUCUCCACCACCUCCUCCACAAGUUCCAAAGGUCAUCCCAGGACAGAGCUGGCCUUCUUUAUGAGUUUGUCCAGCCUCUUCCUGUCAGCUGCUGUGAUGCUGCUCCUCCAGUAGACCACUCCAAAGAAAAUGGCAGAGGCCAACACAGAGGCAUAGAAGGUCUUCAGGAGUGCCCCCCGCACCCCAAAAGACCUCAGCCUCCUGAGCAGAUAGAGUCUGUGCUGUCCUUUUUUGUAAAGUGUCUAGUGUCAUGAGCCCAGUCCAGUUUAUUGUUCAGGUGAACACCCAGGUUUAAAGGAGAGUUGGAUUGGGUCGACAUUUUUUAAUUUGGCAUCUGCUGCUGAAAGGCAUCGGAAAACAGCAGGUGACACCACUGAGACAAAGUUCUGUUUAUACAGAGUUUGUUAUAAAUGAAGGAAAGUAUCAGCACAUGUGUGUCUGCUAAUCACCAAGUUUCUUUUUUCUCUCUGUCCUCUCUUUAAUCCUUUUUUUUCCUUUUUGUCUUUUUCUUUUAUUCUUUUAUAUAUUUCCUGUUUUUAGUCUCUCUCUGCUUUCUUUCUUACCUUCCUUUCCUUUUUACCUUUUUUCUUUCCCUUUUUGCUUUUCCUUCAUUCCUUUUUCUUCCCUUUUUUCUUUAAUUUUCAUUUUACUCCAAACAUGUGUUUACGGGUCACUCCUUGAGGAAACAAGAGGAUGACAAGGAUGUUUGGAUGAGAAUGAGCGAUGCAGUAUAAACCUACCUGUACCCUGUGUCAGGGAUCAAGAUUGGAGGCCCUUCUUUAUCAAUAAUACAGCCGAUAAUUGCCUUCAUACAACAGUGGUAACUACCUGCUUUGUGAUUGGUCUGAUCUGAAUCAGGGGCGGUGGUUUCCAGUUUUGGUUAACCACCAGAUCAUACAGAUUGAUAACAAGCCUCUCAAAUUCUCAAAUGCCAGGCAGAUUUGUCCCAGAUGAUCAAAAUGCCUCAAGAACUUCACAGUAUUGAUGGCGUCUGGAUUAAGAACAGAGAUGACCUUUAAGAUAGACACCAGGAGAGAAAAGAGGAGACAGGACAAGUGUUUGCUCUUCUGUGAUUUUUCUAAAGGAACAGACCACAUCUGCAGUGUAAGAAGUCAGGGAGAUCAGUUGUUUUGUCCUGAGCUUCAGUAUCAUUCACCUCUCUCUGCUAAUAUGUUAUAAGACUCAAAAAGAGUCCAGAAAAUCUGCCUCUUUCUUUGCAUCCUGGACCAAAUCAGGGUCAUUUUUCAGGACCUUUAUGGCCACUUUGUCUUUGAUUUGAAGGUUUUGGCACCUUUCUAAAGCAGUCCAGACAAGCUGCUGUACAGGGUGUGACCCACCUCCAGAAUAAAGAUGGCAAGGCAUCAGUGUAAUGAGUGUGUGAGGAUGCAUUUAGCACCAGUCAGACACAGUUUGGUCUAUUUGAGUCUUUUUUUCAGUAAAGACCACUUCAGGAACGUCUCAAACUGACUCCUUAAGACAUUGUGUUGGACAAAGAACAUCGUUCUGCUGCUUCAGGUGUUUGAGAUGAGAACACAAUGAAGUCUUAUAAAGUCUUUUCAGAGGACAUUUUCCCAAAGUUAGCUCAUAGGUUUGGAAGCUUAGGCUGGACCAAACAAAACAGCUAAACAAUGUGAAAACUGUCCACAUUCAAACACUCCAACUCCUGCUACUGCGAUAUUUUUAAAGCUUGUAAUACAUUAAGUUUUCAUUCUGCAAUUUUUAUCAGAAAUGUGAGUAGAUGCAAAAAUGCAACCAUGCAAAUGUGGUGUUUUUUAAGAGCUAAUAAACAGUUAAAAAAAAACAAACAAAAAAAAAAGCACUGUUGCUGUAUUUAGACAUUUAGAGUAUAAUUUAUUCUAGUUGGUCAAAAUCCCGUGACAGGGAUUAUGAAUUCUGCACAAUGAAAACAGCUUGUCAUAUCAAGUCAACCCACAGAAAAAUAGUUCAGUCACCUUUUACUCCUGAUUGUUGACAUCGAGUCAAAGACGUUAGCACUGAGAAUUGAGUUUCCAAAACUGACUAAAGAGCUUUUUGUGAUGAUUUUGUUUUUCCAGAUUGCUGUAUUGAUAAAUUUGUACUUUUUGUACACGCAAUAUUAAUGUUAUGUGGUGCAAAAAGACAACAAUGCAGCAGAUACAGAUGCUUUCUAUAGCUUUUAAAAAAACUUUAUGUACUUUUUAUUUAUUUUAUUGGGAUCUGUAGGAAAUAAGUUAAAUCAUGGCAAGCACACUUUCAAGCUUUAAGAAGUCACUCUAUAGGUCUUUAAAUUCUUCACACUGUCGCUGUGGUUUGACUGUGAUACCACACACACUCACACAAAACAGACAGAGAAGUAAUGCAGAUAUUAUACAUGUGAUGACUAAAUAAUAAACACACACACACACACACACACACACAGACACACACACACACACAAAGACAGAGUGGAUAGUAUUAUUAGGUUGCACGCUGGUCCCUGUGUGUGUGUGUGUGUGUGUGUGUGUGUAUCUGUGUGGAUAAUCAGAAGAUGGAUGAGGGCCUAAAUAGACUUCCCUCUGAACUUGGCCUCUUGACGUGAGUAGAAUGAGUCAGUGCCUUGCUCCAGUUUUCUCGGCGUUCGCCCCCAUAUUGCACAGAUUUCAGAUAUGACUGCGUGCUGCAUUCACUGAACAGUCCACAUUCAUAAGGCCACACCUUUUGCAGCAUUCUGGUUUGAGAUGUGUGUCUUAUUCUUAGGAGCGGGUGGAAAUACUUCUAAUGUGAUCUCAGUGGUGUUUAAUGCAGUAUAAUCACAGCCUCUUUGUUUAUCUGUCGGCUGCAAAUUAAAAUAAAUUUGCCUAAUGAGAUGAAUUUAUGGUGAAUCUCACAAAUGGGAUCUCAGUGAUAUAAAACAUCUUAUUAUGUGAUUUUCAGUCUUAUUGCUCACAGUGGCUUAAUGGUCCAGAUAUCUUAAAGCACUAUACUCCAAGCUUUAGAGACAGAGUGCUGUGAGUCAUUCUCUAUUAAUUACAUCUGCUGUGGAGUGAAUCUGGGCGACUAUAUGCAGCCAAUAACUGAAGUGCUCACAGAAUGACUGUUAAAUAAUAAAAACACAAGAUUGCAGUCUAUGAAGGAUUAUUUUAUCACCUAUUCUCUCCAGUUUAUCUGGACCAAAGAUGUAUAAAGUGUUAGACGACGUAACAGCUCCCCAUGUGUGAAACUAAAACACGUGGAGCUCUCCCUACUGGGGAUGUUGUGUCUAAGCAGCAGCACAGACACCUGCCACUACCCAGGGCUGCAGCUCCACUUAAGUGCACUGCCAUUAUGCCGUAAUGCUCCACGACCUACACUACGGGCCAAAAGUUUGGAAGCAAGAUCAGAUUUAUACAAAAAAAGAUCAUAGUUUCAUUAAUAUACUUUGCAACACAAUAAACAUGACUAUUGUGUAAAGAGUAACUUAUCAGAAGACAUUUUGGCUAUAAUUAUUAGGUAUUUGAGUUUUGUAGCUUUAACAACAGCUUGGCAUAUACCAGGCAUUCGUUCCACAAGUUUUUAAGGUAUGUUCCAGGGAUUGCAUUCCAAGCUUUCUUAAGUUCAUUAAAAGGUACUGCUGAUUUGUGGGACGCGCAUUUCUGACCAAUCGAUCCAAUUCAUCCCACACUAGCUCUAUUGGAGAAAGGUCUGGACACUGAAGGGGCCAAACCAUCUUUUGAAGAACACUUUCCUCUCCUUUUUUUGUCUAGGUAACCCUGACAGAGUGCUUAGGGUCAUUGUCUUGCUGCAAAACAAACUUAUGACCCACAAGUCUGAGUCCAGAUGGAACAGCAUGGUGCUGGAGGAUGGAGUAGUACUGUUCCUUCUUCAUGAUACCCUUUACAAACAAAUCUCCUACUCUAUCACCUGCAAAACAUCCCAUACCAUGGAACUACCACCUCCUUGCUUAAUUGUGGGUGUAACACAUGGUGCUUUCAGAUGUUCACCAGUUUGUCUGCGGACAUAGACUGUGUUUUGAACCAAACAGUUCAAACUUGCUUUCAUCGGUCCAGAGAACUUGUUUCUAGUCAUCAUUAAGUUAAUGAUAGUGAGUGAAUAUGCGCUAACAUAUGCGGUUAACAUAUUAACCUACAUUAACUUUGAUGUAAAGAUAAAUUUAGAUGUGGUUAACUGAAUUAUGAAGCAUGAGACAGCAUCAGCCCUAUUUGGGGCUCUGGAGGUUUGGAUACUUAAGUGAGUAUUUUAUUAUUGGUCCUUGGAAAAGAUGGAGCAGGUUCAGUAGGUCCAGGCUACCGGUUCGAGAGGUUCAGCUCUGAAGAGGACCGAAGUCAGACGAAGGACAGGCUGGGAGUCACAGCACACAGGCCCGAAUGCAAAAAUCAAUGCCUUAUGGAUCCUUUUGAAUGCUUCUUUGGCCUCACUGCAAUACUCUGGCUCAGAGGAUGACUUUGGGCCUGCUGGGUGGCGUUCAGAGGUGACUUGUCAAUCACGCAGAUAACCAAGAAAAAGAGACUCGAUGACCAGUUGAAACUAUUUCAAAAAUGGCUUUGCCAAAUUAAAGAAAAAUCAAUUGAAGGCUUAAUCUUGGAUUGCUAUGCGCACAAAAAGUUAAAGUUUCACAACUUGAACUAAGACGAUGGUAAAGAAAAAUCAACAUGAAUGAACAUGUGGCGGAAAACUUAAAAGACUUUAAAAAAAAAUUAAGACUAAGAGAUAAAAAGCUAAGAAGAAAAAGUGGGAGCGUGCACCCCAGCUUUACUGGUUUUAUACUCUUCAGACUGGGAGUGUCUCUGAGGUGUGAGGAGACAGGAGGGGGACCUGAUCUCCGGCUGCAGCUUCUUGAGAGGAGACUUUCAAGAGCCCUGAUUGUUUGAUCCAACUUAUACUUCUGCUAGUAAAGGUGUCAGAUCAAAUAUUCACUCACUAUGAUUAAUGUUAAAGAAUGGUUGGUUCAAAAUAUAGGAUUUGAUGCUUAACACAGAUAAAGAGUUGUAGAAUCACAUUAACAAACAUUCUCAUUAUGCUUUGUGUAUCACUUUUCAAAGAACAUUGAUCAUGUUAAAUUAUUCUGAAAUAAAACAGAAAGCAACACAUAUGAACUGUGAACAACACAAGGGUAAACACAUGUAAAUGAACUUCAUAACAGUUAAUAAUGGAUUCUACAAACCAACAUUCAGAUUAUUAACUAACAGUAACUACCUAACGGUUAACAAAGCUAAACAAAUGAUUAAGAGAUAAACUAAACAUUUCUACACUAUUCCUACUAGAAUAGGGUUGUAAUUCAAAGUGAAUUCAAUUCAAUUCAAAGUGAAAGUGGUCGGCUCCGUUACACUGUCUUUCGCUGAUCUCUCUUACUGGUGACAAUGAUAUGUUUAUCCUCUGCUUUUGUAGUAACUCUCUUUCGUCCAGGCCUUCUAUCAUCGUAACUUCCAGGUUCCUCUAGUCUCUUCAGAGUGUAGUGGACUCCUUUGUUAGACACCCUUAGGAGUUUUGCAAUUUCUCUUUCUGUGUAUCCUUCUUUCCUCAAUGUACAAAUAUGUACUUUUGUUUCUUUACUCAGUGUGACUCUUGCAAAUGUUUUCAACCCUAAAACGAAGCCCUUAUUAUCUUUUGCUGACAUACAUUUAGCAAUGGUCUGUUAACAUCAAUUUAUAUCUAAAGGUAAAUGGAGUAACAUGGUGCAUUUCCAUGAAAGCAACAUCUGAUCAUGGAGUAAAUACAUUCCAAAAUGCAUACGACUCAUGCUGGAUUCUAAAAAAAGCAUCGUGAACAAAAACUUGAAGUUACUCCCAACUGUUCGGCCUGUAAUGGCCUUGCUUCCAAACUUUUGGCCUGUAGUGUAGAUGUGAACAAGCACAGAUGACCAGUGUUGUCUGGUAGGGUGCUGUUUGUCUAGAAAUUUAAAGUUGUAUUUCGGUUGAUUAUGAUUAAAACGACUCACAACAACUUAACCAGAGUAAUAAGAUAAGAUAAGAAGCAUUCUUUUUAUCACCGAAGGGAUAUUCAAUACACAACCUGCAAGGGGAAGAGAGGGGUGCUCUACUAAUGUUAGCCAUACUAAGAAAAUCCCCUUCAUAUAUUUCACCAGGACACUUUGAUCCCUUGUUAAGCACUGUUUGGCAGAUUUUCACUGUUAACACUGACAUAGGGCUGUAAAGUCCCACUGGACUUGUCAACUUAUUGGUCGAUAUUAUUUUUUCCCAUGAUAAUUUACAGUCUAUGGUUAAUUCCAUCAGAAGGAAUGAACCAAGUAGGGAUGUUCCCAGCGGUUAAUUUCAUUGACGUUUAAACGACAAUUUUGAAACCAAAUAUUCGAAUACAAGAAAAUUAAUUAACUCCCAGAAAAUAGCCCAAAUUGAGCACAUGUCGAUCUAUAUGGCCAGAUACCAUCUGAAAUAAAUAUUAAGAGUACGUAAAAGCCAUGCUUAUAAUAUUAAAAUAUGUUACAGAAUCUUAUUUUAGCACUGGAGAGUGACAUAAAGUAGGUGAAAGAUCAAAGCAAUUAAGCUCCGCUCCGCUGCGCUCAAGCCAAGCAGCCUGCUGCGUCAUCGACACUAUCUGCAUGACACUUGUGUGCCAUUUUCAUCUUAAACAAAAUACUCCCAAACUUUGCUCUUUUUUUCUCACCGACAUCGCUCUGGCUGAUUGCAUGUGUUGAUUCACUCUGAGGAAGUUAACCCACGAUGCCAUGCAUGCUGCAGGCCAGUGCUGUGAGCCCAGAGCAGCGAGCCAGGCAGAAAGAGUCGCACGCAAAUGAUCCACACAUUUUAGCUUGUUUAAUGCACACUUUUAUUAAGACAUGACGGUAAAAACGUAAUUUGAAAAAAAAAAAGCUUUUUUUCGCUUUUUCCUUUUUUCCCCUGUUUUUUUUUUAAUUUUUUUUAUAGAAUAAACAAAUAUUUUUUACUAAACGGAUAGUAAGGACAGCCCUGUUUACACGAAUAUCCGAAUAACCGCGCAAAUUCGUAGAAUCAAGUGCUAAUGGGGGUGUUUUCAGGGCACCCCCGUUUCACAGGUAACAGCCUGUCUCAGAACACCUCCCUUGUUUUCACCAUUUUGGAUUUGCCCAACCCACUGGAGAGCGUCCACGUUCACCAAUGUCUGGUAGUUUGCAGAAUAUUUAUUUGAUAUAUAUUUAAUAUUUUAGCCUUUGGUGUUUUAUUGUCUUCUUGUGCUGAUACCAGUCGUCCCCCGCAGUAGAAGGGUUUGCCGUCAGAGUCGGACCCCCCCCCCCCCCAUCCCCAUUAGUCGACUUUUGGUAAGGAAUUUCUGGGUUUUAGUCAACCAAGAUUUUCUUUGGUUUUCAUUCACCAGCUGACCCCUACAGACUGGCCGCAGAAGAGGUCAUAAAGCCUGUUAAGAAAUGGGACUUUGAUGAAAACUUAAAGAAUUUGGAAAUUCCUUCCAAAUAGUUGUGGUGAAAUGCCUCCCUUUGGCUCAUUAUUAUAUAUGCAGGUUAAAAGAAACAGAUUUCCGUUAUCUAAAUAUUUCAGUGUGAGGGGCAGGACUUUUGUACAGCAGCCCCACCAUCUGGUCGCUGCUGCAAAGUCUGGCUUUAAAAGCACAUAAAGCCAGCUCUCUUCAUAGUUUGGGGGUAUUGGGCUUCAUUUCUGUACAGCGGUAGGAUUUGAAAACACCUCUUCAGUCUUUAUCUAUCUUUAUGCACAGUGAAAAAACUGCAGGAAUAACAGAGUAUCAGUAUCCUCCGGUAUUCACAUUCCUCCUGCUGAUGACUCAGGUCUCUCUGCCUGCUGGCUCUGUUGGUUUCAUCAAGGUUCAGUUAUUGGAAUUGGAGGCUCAUAUAGACUCAGUUCUGGGUCAUUCUUCUGUUGUUGCUGGCAGACAAAAAGUGACAAAGAGACACUGUCAUGUACAAAGUCAAUGGAAAGUGAUGAAUUGUUAUUCCCUGAAGUUUUGGCAGGUCUACAUAAGCUCUGUCUUUAUUAAUGGAAGGGGAAAAUCUCUAAAGACAAAUUUACAUGUCCAGUGGUAAAUAACCUCAUAAUAUCUAACCCUGCAUCCCAGGUGAUGAAUUGUGGUCCAGAGAGUCAAUUCUUGGACUUUUAAAUCAAGAGUAAGAAGGAGACAGAAGGUCGAGGUGGAGACAAAUUGAAGUGGCACUGUUUACGGGGUGUUAUCUGCAGACUUGUGUGGAUCCAUGCACCUUGACUCAUGUGACAAUACAACCUGCAAUUGGCAGUUUUUAUCAUGCAAAGGCAGUGCACAAACUUUCACACCAAGACACUCUGCAGUGAGUGAACUUUAGGGUCCAAAGUGGGGAGUCAACUCCAGUAUUUGUGGUGUGAACCUGGCAGACAACUUGAAGUUCCUCUCCCAUUUUUUUUUAUUACUUCAAGUGUUCUCAGUGGUCUUUAAAUUGUGAUUAUGAAGUUUUUUUGCCAAAAUCAUGUUCACUCCUCUUCACGUUAGCUUGCAGCCUAACAUCGCCGGUGUAGCAGAAGUGGCAGGUAACAUAGGAGCUGUUCAGCUCCUGAACACUAAUGUCUUUGGGAACAGGAUGGAAGUUGAUAUCAUAAUAAGCUUUCUUACAAGCAUUGCAAUACGCUAAUGCACACGCUUGUUCUGGGAUCCUACUCUUUAUUUCUCUGAGUCUGGCCUGCAUAGCGGGGCUCCAGGGGCGGAGCUUGGUUUUGCUACAUAGGAAAUCUCACUGUGUCUGAACCUGCCGUUUGGGUCUGCCAGAGAUUCACAGCGAUUUAAAUGCAGAAAUACUCAGAAAUGCAAUUUCGCACUUACUUUUCUCAUGAUAUGUCCUGUAGCAUCAGAAAAAUGUCAUAUAAACAUGUAGACAACAAGAAAAACAUGAUUUUCAUUAGGGUGGGCCUUUAACUGAAUUGCUGACCCACCUAAACUUCACUUCUCAUGUCUGACCAAACACUUUUUAACAUUGGUCAUGCGGCUGUAAAGAUGUGUCUCAAAGCUGUUGCCAUUGUUCGGGUGUUUUUGUGACUGUUCAGACCAGCAAAAGGUAGAUUCAGGACAGAGUGUGAUGCAGCCUCAUCCAGAUGCAGCCCUAAAGCUUAUCAAGUCACAAACUUUAUUCAGCUUUUCAGUCUGAAGCUCAUUGUUGUUGGAAAAUGCAGCAGCACUAUAUGUAGGACAUUGUGGUAUCUGUAUGAGGCUUGAUGGGGUCACGGCCCUGCCAGGAAAAUAAUUUGAUGACGCAGUUUAACGGCUUAUUCGAAAAAAAGACGUUUUUCUUUGCAGAGCUCUACAUACAGAAACACGUUUUCACAAAGCUACAAGACAGUGUAAUCGCUCUAUAAUGAAUUCACAGUGUAGAUCACAGUUUAAUUGGAUUCAGUGUCUGUUUUACUCACUUAUUCAAGUGACCUCUGUCAUUUUUAGCCUUUCUCUGGAAUGACACUGUAACCACAUUGUCCUUAAAGCUCCAGUGAGAAACUUUAGGUCUUUGUUGACUGAUGCCCUCUGAGCUGAACCUGAGUUUAACCUCUGGACAGACUCAAAGAAAACAACAGUAGACAGUGUGUUUGAGUGAAGCUGAGACAGUUCAGACACUCAGUGCAGCAGACAGAAACAGGAUGUUGCAGGUCAAACGGAGAAAUUAGCAGCAGUCUUUCUUGCUUCAGAUUGUGUGAGCCGCACUUUCUCUCCAGAGACGAUCUGAGGAGCUCUAAUUAACAGCUAUUAGUGUCUGCCCAUUCCCCUCACAGAUAAUUUGUUGCCUCUCUGUUUUCUUUCUAAAUAGAUGUUUGUGUGUGUGUCUGGAGGCUUGUAUUUCUAUCACUGUGAGGACCUCUCUGGGUUGACGUGUGGACAUUUCUGCAUUGCUCUGUCACCAGGCCUGCUUUAGUGUUACUGCCUGGUGCACUAAGUUUUUUUUCUUAAAUACAGUGGGGUUUUUUUCUUUGUGAAUCACUGUGCGUGAUAGUGGGGAUGUAGCAGUGUGUUAUUAGAGGGCCGAGGGUUGUACUCCAAUCUUGACUUCCUCUAGAUUACACAAAUACGUGGAAAUGGUCAGACAUCAGUCAAAAUGAAUGAAACUGAAUAUUUUAAUGUCACUCUCUCAGUAAUAUCUCAGGUGACUCUGAAUGCAUCAGGUGUUUGCAGCCUCGAAUUGAAGUUUGAUGCACCAGGUUAAAAGGGAAGUUGCAGAUUUUGUGCAAUAAACUGCAAAACAGUUCACACAGAUUAAUAAAAGGAAACAUAAAUCAAACUUAAUUUCUUCCACAUAUCUGCCUCAGAAACAUGUCCUCCAAUUAAUGAAUGUAUUGCCUCCUCUCUCCUCUCUCCCCUCUCUCUCUACUCCAGCAAGCCCCGCCCACAAACAGGCGUUCCUGCUCGCUCAUAUCGUUCCAAUUAAAUUCAGAUAUAAUGCAGAUAAAUACUUAAGAUAAUUACAAAUGGAGCCCAGUCAACGUGAAAGUAAACAGCAUUGGUGCUACUGUAGAUGCCAACAGACUACCAGCAAACACAAUGUUUGCAGGACUUCUACAACUAGGAUAAAGUGACAUAGUCCAGGACCCGAGGUAAACAGUUUAGCGGCACUACAACACGCAGCAGGUCCCAUUUGACAAGAAACACUUCAGUUACAGACACUUGGCUUACUUUGUUAAAGCGGUUAACCUAUCCAGCAGAAAGGUUACAGGGUCUGUAUGAUCCUGAAGCGUCCCCCAUCAUUGUUGACCUGGCUUCUUAGCUCUUGUCCGGUCUACCUCCUUAUAUAUAUAUAUAUAUAUAUAUAUAUAUAUAUAUAUAUAUAUAUAUAUAUAUAUAUAUAUAUAUAUAUAUAUAUAUAUAUAUAUAUAUAUAUAUAUAUAUAUAUAUAUAUAUAUACAUAUAUAUAUAUAUAUAUAUAGAUACAUAUAUAUAUAAAUAUAUAUAUGUAAAUAUAUAUAUACAUAUAUUUAUAUAUUAUAACUUCAUUAAAAAUGAAAAAAGUCGGCCAAUUAAUCGGUAAUAAGAUUUUUUUCCCCCCUAAUAAUCGGCAUCGGCCCCAAAAAAUCCAUAUCGGUCAGGCCCUAGUUUCUACUGUCAGAUAUUGUAGCACGCUAACUUUGUUUGGGCUCCUGAACGACUCGGGGGAGCAGCAUCUGCCUCACAAUCAAUCAGGUUGGGGGAAGCAGGGAAUGGCCUUGUUUAUAGUCAGAAAGAGCGGAGCGCUCUGCAAUUUUAAAUGUUGACUACAGAGACAUAACAAAACACAGCGAUAUUGUUAUAUUACCAAAUAUCAUCAAUACCUAAUAGCUAUUGACUGAUAUUAAAAGCUUUUUUGUUUAUACACCACAAAAAAAGAAGCUUCUUGAACGGAUUCCUGCCUACCCCACCUUUUAAUCCUAAAAUACUGAGGAAGUAAAGAACAUGCAAAAAGCUGUGGAAAACUGAACAGAUAUACCCUGGCAGGGUGGUGGUCGCUAAAUACAAUCACUUUACAUUGUUUUGGAGGAUGUGUGGUCCAGAAAAUUUCUGUCAAAGACAUAGAAAUGUAUCAGAACAAAUCAGCAUGAAUCCUGAAUAUGAAGAAUGAGUUAGGGUCUAAGUAUGAGCUAGCUGCAAUGAUAGACGUGGUUUGCUUUUUAAUGAAACAACAGGCUGAUGCUGUGGAGUGUUGUCUGAUAAGAAAUCUGUGACAAUAACUUUCCGAGUCUCUCAAAAUUUGACUUCCUAAUGCAGAGGCACUGUGCACAUGAAUUAAUUCAGCUCAGCCUUUCUGAACAAGCUGAUUGUAUGUGUGAACCUGUUGUUUUUCUUUCAGAUCUCAGAGAACCUGGGUAAGAUGUACAGUGAAAUGAUCUUCGUACACGGCUUUGUUCACUGCGACCCCCAUCCAGGGAACGUCUUGGUCCGAAAAUGCCCCAAGAGGAAGAAGACGGAGAUUGUCCUGCUCGAUCACGGCCUCUAUCAGGUGAAAAAUCUCCAGGCGGCACUACCAUAAAGAAAACACCAUUUGUUCUAAUAUUGCAGUCCAUUUUUCAUGUUGCUGGCUGAGGCCUUGAGUAAAUAGGCAGAGCAGCAAACAGCCAGGAUGCACAUAAAAAAUGGACACCACACACACUUUCACACACGCUUUCAGGGGUACAGCUACAGGGGGAUAAAAGCUUUUUGAUAAACAACUCAUUUGAUGUUGUUUUUAGCAGAGUGCAGUGUGCUCGCUUUGGAUUGACACAUCACUGCCUUAAUCAUACAGACCUGUACAUGCACUCUCUCGUUACACGCACACACACACACACACACACACACACACACACACACUCUUUGAUUGUUAACACACCACUAACAGUCAGAAGCACACAGGUCUGCUGACAUGGAUUUGUUGACUGCUGGUUCCUGUGUUCACAGGGAGCAUUUAUUUACUCCAUAAUGGCUCCAAUUUAUUCCUAACGACCCCAGAUCCAGGCUGCCAUCCUGGAAAAUUGUGUUAAUCUACUCCUCACAUACACACACAAACACACAGCUCCAUUGUUGUUAUAUAUCAGUAUGUUUGUAUCUAAGGUACAUCAGGGGUUAGAGAGAAGUCCGGUACAGGUAGUCGAGGACUGCAUGUGUCCAAACGAAAAAAUGGAAAAUAUGAAAAAAAAACCCCACCAAAUUAAUCUGUAUCUAAUCACAGAUUCUGCUCCAUUUGUUGUUAGACUGAGCAGUAUUGACCAAUCGGGUAUCAGCACUUUCGAUUAUCACAUCAUAAUGCCAAAUGCAAGACUUCAAAGACCAAUCUCCAAACCAGCAGGUGAAACCAGGAUGUCUUUCACAGGCUCUGAUUUCAACCAUCAGCACAGUUUAGGUUUGAUCCUGCCUCUUUUACCUCCUUAGCUGCAGAGAAAAUAGAUUAAAAAACAAACAAACAAACAAAAAAAUAUCAGGGUUCUUUAUAAGAGAAACUCAGUCUAUUAUUUCAAGCUAAUCAUUACCUUCAGUUUAAGAAGAUAAAGUCCAAACAAAAGACACCUGCUUAUCAUCUGACCUCUUAUCCUCUCCAGGUCCUGCAGCCAGACUUCAGGAUGGACUAUUGCAGACUGUGGCAGGCUCUGAUACAAGGAGACAUGUCCGGGGUGGAGCGGUACAGCCGUCGACUGGGAGCUGGAGAUCUGUACCCCCUGUUCGCCUGCGUGCUCACAGCUAGGUCCUGGAAUGCUGUCAACGCUGGCAUCAGUUCUGUGCCUGUCACACAUGCUGAGGUAUCAAGUCCUGCACACAUACGUGGUAUCUAUUAAAAUCUUAAGCUGCACCACAAAGCUUGCAGAGCCUUUGUGAUGGUGCAGUUUGCUCCCAGUUUUGCUCCCAAUUAAAAUUGCGUCAAGUUGCUUUGGAGGAAUUCAGAAGUUUGGAUAAGCUUUGCAUUUCAGUCACAGCAGCAGCAGAGUCUGAGUGAAGCGGGAGUCUGUGGUGGCCUGGUGUUGACAGCUGCACAGAUUCAAACUGAAGUGCAUCAGUUCCAUCAGACACGCAUGAGAUGAGGACUGAAACACUCGGAGGAGAUCCAUCCGGUGCUGACAGGGUGUCGGAGCUGGAAAUCCAGGAGAUGUUUCAGAGCUGCUGCAAAUACAAAUAACACCUUCACAGGAUGUCCUCCAGAGAGUCAGCGCGGUGUUUUAUGCCUGAUAUUGUAGAUAAUGUAUGGUGGGUGUGAUAACUGAGGCUGUGGCUUCAGUUUGUUUAUUUGUGGAGCACUUUUCAUGCACUGAGGUAACUCAAAGUGCUUUACGGAGUUAUGAAAUAUAACAACAAAAACAGAUGUGGUGGAGAAGAGAGUCAAACACAAGUGAGAGUAACAACAUAAGGAAAAGCCUUGUAGACUCCACACAGUAAAGCUGAGUUUAAACUUAAGUUUGCACCAUUCGAGAAAUCAGUGUAUAAAGGAAGACUUACAGCUGUUCAGAGUCAGGCAGGUCUAACAUCUGCGCUGCAUGCAGACGAGAGAUUUUUUCCUUCGCAGCAAGCUGUUACAACCAGAUCUAACAUCUAGUGAAUCCUGAAAGCCUUAAAUCUGAAAUCUGUAGGUCUGAGGAUGUUAAAGCAGCAUGUUGAUGCUCAGGGGUUCAGAGAGUCCAGAGAGUUCAAAGUUGGACCAGGCAGCUUAUUUUUAUAGAUUUUUUGGAUGGUCAAUACAUAACUAUGGAUUAUUGUAAUUCUUCAUAUUUUGGUGCUGACCAGACAUCACUGCAUCAUUUACAGCUGGUUUAAGUGUCUGUUGAUUGGACCACAUCACUCCAGGAUCUGGCUUUGUGUCAGUUUCAGGGAACAUUUCUGCCAGUGUUUUUUUAACCUUUCCUGUGCCGGCAAUGUCUUGUGUGUCUGAGUCAUUGCCCUAACAUGCUCAAGUUAAAUUACAUCACUCUGAGACAGUCUACAUGUUAAAAAAGGACAACACUGACCCUUGAAAGUUUGAACCAUUGCUUUAUCUUGGAUAUGAACACCAUCAUGCCACAUUGGAUACUCUUAUUGGCUCCAAUUUCUUGUGUUCUUGUCAUAUUAUUGAUAGUGUUUUUAGUGUCCUUUAACCCUUGUUUGGUUCAUAAUAUGUCUGUUUUUUUGGCUCUUACAGCACUUCAGUUCAUCUGUGGUUGUUUUAGAACAAACUUUUGACUUGACUUGAGUUGAGAUAAAAUGCUCUGACAGAAAAACUAAAAAUCAGGUGUCUGUGUCUGUCACAGGUCUUUAAAAAACCUGUUGCUCUAAAUAAGGGGCCGGAUAGCUGUUCCACCUGUCAAACAGUCAAACUUUGCACCGUCACAGACUCAGACAGAGCUUUCACUGACAAAAUAUAGCAGGAGAGUUGGCUGCCCAGGAGUAAGGAUUUGCCCAAAGGGGCAUAGAUUUUUCUUCCCUUGAAACCUUCACUUUGUUCUUGUACAGGCAAAGUAAAACAGAGACGUAGUGUUGGUCACUAUGCAUCCAAAAUCCAGCCCACUGGUGCUGAAUUUAAAGCUCCUGAGUUGGAAUGGAUGGCAGUCCCCUUAUCCAUAUUUCUAUGAUUUAGUAGAAAGACUAUGAUAAUGUGUUUUUAACAGAACUGGCUUUAUUGUCAUUGCUGAACAAGUGCCUGUUUGUGAACAGAGUAAGAAAUUUCAACCUUUAAAAACACAGCAGAGGUAACCUCUUUAAUACAGCAUUUAACCAGGAAUCUGCAGUUAAUCUAAUUUAAUUUAUUUAACCUUUAUUUAACCAGGAACACCACCUGGCCAAGACAGGCAGCAGCAUAGUCAACAGUUAUAUCAAAGACAUCGACAGACAAAUUUACAGCCAUUCGAAAUAUAGAUACAUCAGAUAAAAGAUCAUAAUCCAAACAUGUCACGCCCACACAAUUGUUAAACCCCAUGGUCAUUUAGAGGGAACAUCUGCAGACAGUUGAGUCUGACUCCAAGUCAUCAAGCAUUUUUGAAAAACUUUCAAAGAAACAAAGUCAUUGACUUUUCAGAAUUUUGUUCCAGAUAAAAGAGGAAGCAAACAUAUACGCCUUUUUCCCAGAUCAGUCCCGACACUCAGGACUGACAGUGAGAGCAAAUCCUGGGAUCAAAGUUGAUAGGAUCCAGAACUCCUUUCAAUGAUGAGGGUAGGUGGGUAAGAGACUGAGAUGGAAGUUGUGUCCAACCUUGCAAUAAUUAUUUUUGUAACAUAAAUUGGAUUUUGUUGCACCUCUAUCUUUAUCUUUAGUUAAAUGCAGCCUCACUUUAGAUCUCUUUACACGUACCUGUAAGCUGCCACUUCUAACUGUUUCGAAAACUAAAAGGAAACCCAGUCUUGAUCCUCAUCCCUACUCUCUGCAGUGGUUUCAGGCAUUGAAAAGGGUUUAAUAGAAACUAUCUCUAUUUGUGCUGGUGAUCUUGUUUGUCUUUGGGUCAUAUAUAAGCAACAGUAUUAAUAUGAGUCUGUAUCAUAACCAGUGAAAAACCCCUUACUGUAGCUUUAACCUUCACAACUAAUUCCAUGAAGUAUUUCUCAAUCAUUUCCAGGAAAGAGGGUGUAGAUAUUGACAGCAAACUUCAAGUUUUAAUUGGAGUUAGUAGGUUAUUCUUCCGGAAAAGACUGAUUUUAGAAUCCAUUAUCGGAAAAAAACUGUUUUGUGUGUGUUUGUAAGUGUCCUAUUAACUGCAGGGGUCCACCACGCCAUCUGUGCUGGAGAGAGAGUUUAUUUAUACCUCAGUUAUGCAACAUUUUGAAGCUGGCAAAAGUACUACAAAACAGUCUGCUACAGUGUGCCACCCCCUCACACAUGAUGGCCAGUACAAGACUGGACUUGGCAAGGAUCAGGACAUGAAAAACUCCCUCUGUCUGUUUGGAAAAUUACAUUUUUAGGAGGACUUGUUUAAGUAUUUUGGUUUUUGGAUGAUUUAAACUGCAUAAGGAUCGAAGUGGAGUUUUUGCGUAGAGUUCAGGGCCUUACAUGGGAGAAAAAACAGCAGUGAGGCUAAAAGGAGGGAUGCUUUUUGUUCUCAUAACAGAGGGUGCAAUGCAGGACACGCUGGUGCCAUGAAUGAGUCUGCAGCCUGGCUGAUAAUUAUCAGUAUUGGUUGUUUUUUCAUCCCUAUAAUCUGCACAGAGUCAAACUUCCUCUUAUUCUUGCUGUUUACAUUGUGCCCUCGGCCCACGCGGCACAGGCUUCUGAUGUCAUCCAGUCCAUCACGAUCUGGGAAGUGCUGACUGAGCCAUAUGGUGAGGGGUAAAGUGAGGGCUUUAUACACAGCAUCACAGGAUACAUCAACUUCUGUGUGGACUAUGUUUCUGGCACCUCAACCUUGACGGUAACCUGUUUCCUCAACAAUAAGCCCCAGAUCAGCAGGGACGUCAAGACUAUCCUGAGUGUUAAAACAAAGAUGGUUCAGGGGGUAAAACUUUAGAGUUACAUCAAGCGAGCAAGACCACCAGCUAGAAAAAACAAAGAUAACGUCACUGUAAACAAGACCCAUAAUUAUCCCUUGCUUACUCUUCUAGCCUCUGUCAGUGUUUCAGAUUUUACACAGCAUGCCAGCAUUCCGUAAGCAAACAUGCACAGUUCACAUAUGUAUCAGGAGCAACACUGCUUUAAGCACGUAAUGGUAGAGAACAUCCUUCUUACAGUAUAUAUGACAGCUGAAGUCGUCCUCAUGAAGUAUCAUCUGUGAGUCAGUGGAUAGUUUAUUUAAUAGAGCUCAGUGUGUCCUGGAAGGACUCUGUGGGGGAGACUGAUGAAAGGAAAACGCCACUAUAUACAGAUUUGGCUGAACAAGGAUGAAAAGUUCAGGUUUGCAUAGAUAAAAUUUAAAAAGAAGUGGGCAUGCGUGGAAAAUCUGUGAAAAAGGGGCAAAAAGACAAAACAGGGAAACAUGUUAAUGGAUCUGAAUAAGUGGAAGAAAUGAUCUCCAGUAGAGGCAAACUAAAGAGCAGUUAAAACUGUUCCUCUCCUUCCUUUCUGACCUUUCUCCUCUUUGUCCCUGUGAAAACAGGAGCGAGUGGAGGUAGAGUGUACAGCCUGACCUGUUGAAAGCGAGCUCUAAUCAAAACAGGUUUCUCACCCUGGCUCUGCUUUUCCUGUCAUUUCCUGUCAGAUAUCCAUACUUACAAUGUUGCGCAUUCACCAAAAGAGCUCCAAGUUACGAGAAGACAGCAGAGAUGUAAUCGUUAGCAGGAGCUAAUGUUACGUAUAGCUACAUGUAAGUCACUGUGUACCAACACAUGAACUAAGUAGCCAUUCAUGAACAUGCAGCCACAGAGUUGUAAUUUCUUCAGGAGCCUCUCCGUCUGGGUCAGACUCUGGACCAAACUGGUACGGCUGGACCUCAGCACUUCUAUGAGCCAUAACUAGCACUUUGUGUAAACAUUAACACAUGGUACCGUAGCGCAAGCCACGCCCCCCUCUUCCAGAGAAAUGCAGGCACAGCACACAGAAACAGCAUGUUCUCGGUAGAGUUAACUAGAGAGAGUUUCAGGCUGUCCGAAGUCCAGGAAAAAACUGGGUUUUUAGACAACAAACUUCAAAUUGACUGUUCUGGGACCUCUGAGACCUUUGUGAAAAGGAGUAUAAUAUGGGACCUUCAAUGUUGACAUGACACUGUUGAAAGAGAAAGUGAGGCAGCAUUGUGUUCAUUGUCUUGUGCCGAGUCAUGAAGUGAAGUUGUGUUUCCUCGGUGCAGUCAUCACCACACAGUAGUCGUACUCCAGUGUGAGGGUGUGUGUAGGUGAGGUGUGUGGUUCUCCUCUGUGUGCCAUCUUACAGAUGAGCGCACUCCCAUCAAUCUGAGCCAUCUAUCUCUGUCACACACACACACACACACACACACACACACACACACACACACACACACACACACACACACACACACACAACCGUUAGACAGACCCUUCUCUGGUGCCUCCACUUUAACGCACCUAUAAAUUGUGAAACAGCUAAAGCAAAAAUGUGGACAUUUCUUCAUCCGCGUCCACUCGCUUGCUCUGUGAUUCUUGAUUGUCUCCUCUGCCCCCUCCUCUCCUCUCCUACCCUGUCCUCUCCUCUCCUCUCCUCUGACAUCCCUUCUCCUCUUCUCUCCUCCCUCUAACAUCUCCUCUCCACUCCUCUUUCCUCUCCUCUGUCCUUUUGUUGUCAUUUUUAUUCACUCUGCGAUGUGCAGAUAUUUUUUAAGCCCCGCCGAUGAUGCAUUCCAUUAGAGUUAAUGCAGUCACAUUCAGGAAACGCAUGUUGAGUGCUUUUAGAGCACUGGCUUCUUGCUUCCUCUUUUCACAUGCCGGAAUAUUUUAUUUUUUUAAUGAAUGUUCUUUUUGAGAGCAUUAAAAAACAAAGCAAUUAGUCUGAAACAUGACAGGGGGGCUGGAGAAGUCAAGAAGAUUUUGUUGCAGGUCUUUCUGAUGUGUCUUUCAGCUCUCACCAGACUCUGAUGUUUACAUGGUCUCUUGAACUUUAGCAGUUUGUGUUUGUAGACACAAACAGAAUCGAGUCUCGAGUCUCAUUUGAGCAGCUACUAUGUUGGACUGUGUCAAAAUGGGACUUUAUUUCUUUGCAUUUUAAUCUUUUGUUCAUUUGACAGCAAAGUUUUUGGUUUUAAAAAUUGGAAAUAAAGCACUGCAGAUCUGUUUCCCAGGUGCAAGAAAAAGCACAACAAUCUCACAAACUAUCUCUUUAGGGUUUCAGACCUAGAUGCCCAUAAAACAAGCACAUUUUAGAGGACAACAUUAUGAUUACUUUAGAUAUAAUAAAAGGCAGCUGAAUCUGAGCUUGAUGAAUUUAAGUUCCAGCUGAUAAAAGUUGUGCAGCAGUUGAUCAAGCUGCAAAUAAGAGAAAAGAGGGAAGAGACGGCCAAUACGGCCACUUAGAAAGAGGACGGGAGAUGGUGGUGAUACCAAAGUCUACAGCAGGCCAAUCACGGGGCUUAGAGUCUGCAUUAUCUUGAUGCAUGGUUAAACUUUAGAAAAGGUGCACAUCUGCAACCUGUGUUGGGUCCAUGGUUAUGCUGACCUAUAACAUAAACCAGGUUUAUUGUCACAUGGUCACUUGGCCAACAUGAGAAAGUGACAGAUAAAACAUGUAGUUUGCCUACAGUGUUAAUUUAGGUGAGUGGUGGUGUAGGGGAAAAAUACAGACAAUAGAUUCGCAAAAACAGACUUAAUGGCCUUUUUUUGCAAUGUGUUGAAAAACAGGAUGCAGGCCACGACCUGAGAGGUCACGUCGACCUGGUCACACAUGGCUCUGCCAAAAUUCGACAGGAAAUCUGGCCAGCGAGAAAAACAUGUUUCCAAAAAAGUCAUGAUGUUGGCUAUCAGACUCCAAUGUUAAGUACACUUACUGGAAGAUAACAAUUCAGAUGACCACUUGCGGGAAAAACCAUGGCUGACAUCAUUGGAGAAGUAUAAAGGAUUUGGGAGUGUUUGGUUCUGGGUCCGUCUGUCUACUGAUUUGUCGUGAGAUGUGGUUGAUGUUGGAGACUGCAAUAAAAUUUCUGCGAGAGGCUGCCAACCUGACUCUGACUUCUGGUGGUUCAUUUUUGCACCCUUUUGCAUCUAUGAAAUCUACCAUAGUGGUACAUUUUGUAUUCUUAGGUUUUACGUCAGCCAUGAUAACAGGAGUGUAAGUGAUCCCUAACACAUCUGAUCCCUUCUUCAGACAAGGUUAGACUUAGUCUAAACAUUUUUUGGAUUCCCUGAUUCGAAAUCUUUCUUUCAGAGACUGGCCUUUCAGGGUGAAGGUUAGACUGCCUUAUAUGAAGCCCUUUGCCAUUUUUUAAAUCUUUAGGGUCUUUUUAGUUGUUCCUGGACUCUUGCGGUGCAGCAAACUCAGACCAUAGGAUAUAAAGCUGGUCAGGAGGCCACCAGCAGCCUGCCCAAGCUUAUUCCUAUUGUCAUGGAUGUGCUUGUCAUUGGCAGCCGCUUUAAAGGUCAUUUGAGCACCUGGUUUUGUUACCAGCAGUCACGUCCCCUCCUUAGUGAAGUCAGAAAAAUUGGUCAACGCCCAAGCUCAAACUUAAAAUAAUGUCCGGAUCCAUCUCCAACUCUCUUAGCUGCUUUUCACUCCUUAGAAACAAACUGGUUUACUGUCACUUACCGGGUAAAGCAAAUGUCUGUUAUUUAAUAAAAGACUGACUGAUUUACCGUCCUGAGUAUAUCUGCAGAGUCGCAGAGUUAAACCAGUGUUGUUUGGUAGAAGCUCCUACUAUAGAUCCUUACAUUCCCUCCUUAUGCUGCACACCAUUUUCUAUUGCCUGCUGGCUGCUGUAUGAAAUCAUUCCGCUGACUGUCUAAUACACUCAGGGAGAAAGAAAAAUCACCCCCCCCCCUCCCCGAUUACAUUCCCUUUGCCUUUUACGCAGCUUAUUAUCGCACCACUCACAAUACAAUAUGUCCUUAUUGAAGCUUUCAGAUGCAAAUGAGAGCACCGUCGCUGUCUCUGUGUCCUCCUGACAGCUGUGAGGCCUGCUAACCAACCUCCUAUAAUUGCCACUAAUUGUUAUUCCCCAAGCAGGGCCCUUCAGAGCACCCAGCCCCCUUUUUAUUUGGAUUGGCGCUGCUGGGGGUUUGUAAUGGGGAUUUUGUUGUUGGUUUAAGUCAUUGCUUUUGUAAAACAUGCAAAUGUUAAGUCUUUUUUUUUUUUUAGUAAAUUAAGAAUAUAUAUGGAGAAGUGUGAAGGGAGAUUGGGUCAACUACAAAACAAUCUACUGAUGGCAACAUGCAGUUGUUCCAAUUCUUUUUUUUAUGCAUUUGUUUUCUUAUACCACUUUGUUACUGUGUACUGUAGAAUUGUGGAAAGAAGCAUACUUUAGAGCUCCUUUGAGGUUAGGUCUUAACCUAACCGUUAGGAUUAAGGUUUUUAUGAUAUCCAAAAGCAACCAAGACCAUGAGCAAUACAACCUGGGAUUUAUAUAUUACAAUUUUUAAUGCAUUGAACUGGUGCAUGGGAAUAGGUUCCACUUUAUAUCACAGUCAGUGAUAUAUUUGACCUCCAAAAGUCAUCAGGGUGAGAAUUGAUGUCAGGAAACUCUAGAGGACGAGAUAAGGCAGGACUGUUUUGUCCAUAGGGGACACCAAAACUGACACAAACUGAAAAUUCCUUACAGGAGCUUCCAAUGGGAACAAAAACAAACCUUAGUGGGAACUUAGUGGGAAAAAAACCUCAAAAACAAAAACCUGGAUUUGCAAAAAAAGUAUUACAGAAGGUACCUAGACAUGGAUCCUGCAAAUACCGAAAACCUGUGUGAAGAUGAAUGUGAGGUCAUACUGUCCUGAUGUGUAGACGCUGUGUGGAGACGAAAUUCACAUAAAGCAAGUAAAUGUAACAUUUCAAUCAGCAAUUGUUUUGCAAAUAUAUAUCUUACAUUGUGCAAUGAAAUAGUGUUUUUUAUUUAACACGCACACUUUUUCCGCAAUCGAGUGUGUGGCCUGCACAGCAGGGCUCCGAGGGCGGAGCUAGCAGUUGUACAGUAGGAAAUCUCACAGUAUCUGAGAUUUGGGUCUGUCAUAGGUUCACAGUGAUUUGAAUGCAGAAAUACUCAGAAAUGCAAUUUUGCACUUACUUUGCUCAUGAUAUGUCCUGUAGCAUCAGAAAAGCAUUUCAUUUAUUUCAUAAAUGCAACACACUACAGUAUAUUUAUAUACUUUCCAUAAAGGUUGAAAAACGAUAUAUGCAGUGUUAUCUUCAUUUUAGAUGUCAAAGGGGUUCUGUGGCUCCCUGUGUUUUCUUUCUGUGGGAAACUGGUCCAAAUGGCUCUUUGAGUGUUUAAGGUUGCUGACCCCUGGUCUAGAGUUAAAGAGACGUAUAGGUAUACCUUUAAACUGUAAAAAGUCAGGGUGGACUUAGGGGAUGGCCAAGGGUGUCUGAAACUCUAAACCAUAACUGGCUGAUUGCAUUCUCAAAGCCAGCACUUAUUUUAGGUUGAGUUUUAACAUGCUGUUCCUCGCUCUUUUGUAUUUUCUGUUGUUGGUUCUGUAAAUGGUGAUUUUUGACAAACAUCUUCAAGUUCAGUUGAUGUAAAUAAUGUUUUUCUGACCCUUUUAAGAUAAAAAAAAAAAAGAAUUCAACAGUGCACUCAUGCUUGCUCAUAAUCAGUAUAAAUCUCUGUCCACCAAUAUCCUUUAAACACCAUAUAAGGAAAUGUGGACAUGUUCUUCCUGUGGAUUGACAAGCAUGGUGCAGAGUUGAUGCUUAGAUUUGGUUCUGCACAUGUUUUAUGAAUGAGACCCACUGUCUUGAAAAUUGUUAUGUCAAAACAGAUCUAACCAAUAGAUGUGUGUGUGUGUGUGUGUGUGUGUGUGUGUGUGUGUGUGUGUCACUGAUAUUGUGCUUUUAUCAGAUGCUUGUGGUUUGCUGUGUUUUGUGUGUCAUGCCCACAGGAAGGGAUGUGAACAGAGACAGACAGAGUUUAUCUGUGCCAGGAUGUGUUAACUCGCUGUCGCUCUCUCUCUCUCUCUCUCUCUCUCUCUCUCUCUCUCUCUCUCUCUCUCUCUCUGUCUCUCUCUGUCUCUCUGCCAUUAAACUCCCACUGUUUAUUUGGACUGACAGCUCCAACAAUGCUCAGGGUGGACAGAUUCAUAUACAGAAGUCAAAAAAAGUUUGGACGUUUCUUGUUUCUACUCGGUUUGUUGUUUCAUAUUUCAUCUCCUCUGCGGUUAAACCUCUUCUUCAGUGGAUCAGCAGGUAACUGCUGCUGUGGAUCCAUUAUGCACACAGACAAAGGGAAACUCCUCUUAUUGCCUUUUUUGUCUUUGCAGGAUGUUGAGAUUCGGACCAAUGCAGCUCUGUACCUGCCCCAGAUCAGUGACCUGCUGAACCGAGUACCCCGACAGAUGCUGCUGCUCCUGAAGACCAACGACCUGCUGAGGGGCAUCGAGACCACCUUACAGACCAGAGCCUCCUCCUCUUCCUUCAUCAACAUGUCUCGCUGCUGUAUACAGGCCAUGGCCAGGUGAGAAACUCUGGACUCUUUACCCUUUCUUUUUUCAUCAGUUAAAGGGAAUAAGAGGAACAAACUGGAGAACAACAUUCAAAAAACUUUGAUUCAAAUCAGAUGUGAUGAAUUCUCUGUCACUCUUUAGACUAGGGUGAAGAUGCUACUGUUAAUAAGUGGUUCUUAAUAAUGUAUUAGCUCUUAAAAGUGUUGCGUAAGUUUAUUCUAAAAAUGAACAACUCAAAGCUUAGCUCACACCAAUCAAAGUGAACUCGUUUAUGUACGUACAUAUUUCACUUUUUUGACUUUGAACUAAGUUAAUCCCUAAAAAUGAACUAAUUUAUGUUCAUUGUGUUUCAACUGCAUCUGAAUGAUCCAUCUGAGCCUCUUGGACUUUAAUUUCUGAUCCCCAUUCCAAACAUUUUUAAAGCUAGGUGAUCAAACCCACAGUUGAAUCACAGACAAUUAUUUGGUUUAGACAAUUUAAUUUCAGUGGGUUUUACCAAGUAAACAGGAAAAAUCUACAGUAUUAAAAACCAGAGAAGAACUAUAUUUGCUGGAAUAAAUUUAGCUAAAAGUUCAGAUUUUUUAUCCGAACAUGUGGAAUAAUCUUCUUCACAACUGAUAAUGUGUGAGAGAUGGUUUUCAUGUUUCUACCCUCAAAAAGUCAAACCUAUAUGAAACCCUAAGGGUUUUUAGUCUGUUGUCACAUGACAGGAGCAAAAAGUGUCAGGUGUCGUACUUCCAUCCCUGGCUGCUGUAACACACGGUACUUGUUUUUUUCAGUAUGUCUGACUAACUCUAUUGCUAACUCUGGGUAAUUGAGUUUAAUCUUGGUUACUCCUGACUACUCUCUGUAACUCUCAGUAACUUUUGUAACUCUCGCUAACUCUUGGUGAUUCUUGAUAACUCUUGGCUACUAUCAGUACCGCUCUGUAACUAAUGGUAAAUCUUACUUUCUAUAACUCUGUAUCUCUCAAUAACUCUUGUUAAUUCUCAGUAACUCCUGGUUACUUUUUCAACUAUUGGUAACUCCUUAUAACUCUCAGAAACUCUUGUUAACUCCUGGUUACUCUCAAUAGCUCUCUGUAACUCACAGUAGCUCUAACUUCAUGUAACUCUCUGUAUCUCUCAAUGACUCUCGUUCACUCUCAGUAAAUCUCUGUAUCUUUUGAUAACUCCCGGUAACCCGGUUACUCUUGUUAAUUCUCAGUAACUCAUUAUAACUCUUUGUGACUUUGGUUAACUCUUUGGUUACUCCUGGUAGUUCUUGGUAAUUCUCUGAUCCUCCUGGAAAGUUAGUGGCAGUUUACUGAUUCCAUAGUGAACUCUGGUCAUGUUCUUGUUCAUGGAUUGAAAAAUGAGCUCCCCAGUCCGCUGUCUGAGUGUGUCCAAUACACUUGUUCAUUGCAGUGCGUUCAAGCACAACACUGGCUCUAAAUUACUCACGAGAAACGAUUACUAACACCUUAUCUGUAUAUACUGUACUUCAUGACCAAAAGGAAAAAGGCAGCCCGAGUAGAAGAGUCUCCUUUAUUGAUGAACCACUUCAAAGAUACUAAUAUCCCAUCCAGCCUGUAUAAUUCAGGUGUAGUGAAUUAUUUCUGAGUCAGACUUCACUUCAGAUUCAGUUACAUACCACAGAAACUUCAUCCAGGUUUUAAGACUUGAUGACUUAGAGCAGCCCGUUGGGAAGUGUUUUGCUGCUCAGCAUGUUUUGGUGGGAACAUGACGUCAGUGCCAACUUUUUUUUAUUUUUUUUAAUGGAGUUCAAAGGGUCACAAAAAACAUCCCGUCUUUACUGAAACGUCAGCGGCUCCUCGGAGACCUGAGAGUAAAAUCCUUCAGCCUGUGAGGUGUGAGCACACGUGGAGGAGUGUUGACAUGGAGAUGUGUCAGAAAUAAAGACAAACUAAGCUGACAAGUAAGUGGCUUUGGAGGGGAAAUUGAAAUCUGGGACUGUAGGUUUGAAGGGGAGAGGUGUGUGCUGUCACUUCAGCUCUGAGCUGACGGAUGGUGACUCACACACUUUCACACACACACUCAGGUCUCUUCUAGGCCUGUUUGCUGUGCUGCCGACAGAGGUGCAGCUUGUCUGAAUAAGCAUAUUUAAUGAAAUAUUAACCAACUGUGGCGUCGUGAGUGGUCGUGUAACACAGACAGCAGGGAUCAGCCCCCUUGUUCCCUCUCCUCACUUUCAGCAGUCUGAGCUCUCGGCUCUUCAGUCUGACUCUGCAGCUCACACUAAAUUCUUGUGCUGUCAGCAGCUAAUAGUAUUUAUUCUCAGGCUUUGAGCACUUUUUUUCCUGAUGCACAGAAAGGCGGGGAUGUUACUGCAUGUGUUCUUAUUGUGUUCUCAGACAGGAGAAGCGGCUGAGUUUGACUAUUAGUGAGGCAAGUUUUCUCUAGUGUCCAACCUAGGAAACAUCAUCACUAAAGCUGUAGAGUCUUUCAAGAUAAAACAAUAGAAACAGUAUGAAUUAUUAGAGUUUUAAAAGCAGAAACAUUCGAAAAAAAUCUCAAACCUCACAUACUGGAAGUCUAACUGAGAAAAAUCGCUUUAAUUUCUGAUUUCUCUGAUUUAAACAUCUGCUUUUACACUCAGUGUUUAAUUAUUAUCUAGACAUCUUUGUGAAAGCAGUGCAUGUGUAAAAGGAGUUAAUAAGUAUGUGCAAGUUACAGAGAGUUUCUGCAGGAUUCAGUUGAAUUAAAGCCCCUAUAAGCAGAUUCAGCACCGCGGACAGCUCCACACUCUCUGAACUCGAAGGCUUCAUUUAAUUUCUUCAUUUCUCUGACUAUUCAGGCUUUGAAACUGACACAGUAUGUAGUUUUCUAUUAUGUCACCCUCAGAUUAAGCAUUUUUAUCCUCCGUAAAGCUCCGAGAAAUCUUCACUGUCUAGCCAACACUUGAAUUUUGACUGAAACAGGUAACACAGCCUGUAAUGGAGAUUUAUAGCGUCUCAUUUUCAAUAACAAUCUUGACAAGCUCAUUUUUGCUGCUUGCAUUCAGAGCUGCCUCUAUUGUUCACACACACUCUGCAGCAGCUUUUAUACCUCCAGUAUAUGCUGAAGAAGCACACAGAUGAAGAUAUUCAUGACUUUUCAGCACUAUUAUUGCUCCAGAUGAUACUUUCCCUUUUGCAAUCCAGCUUUGAUCGGUGAGCAUUUUUGUUAACAGCCAAACCACGGCAAAGUGACAAGAUUAAAAAAUAACUAAGCUUUAAAAUUUCUCAUAAAGUGGUUUGAGAAUAUCUGUAAGAGAUUUGGGAAGUUUCACUAUCAUGUACAAAAAUAAAUGAAGCUUAAUGAAGAUGCAUAAAAAAAUUUGUAAUCUUUCAUUUUUCCCACUCUCUCUCUCUUUCUAGCAAGAUCUUUUUUAUUUCAUAAACCAAAUUCUUAGGUUCCUCAAGGUCGAAAACCUUUAUUUUUGGUUUAUAUGUUUACAAUAUACUCUGGUAAUCAUCCAGCCAAGGAACCCUGAAAAUGUGGAGGUAGAAAAAAGCUGUUUCUGUAGCUCAUAUACCAGGAAGACACAUGGCAUCUAAAGUUGUUGUUGUUUGAAAAAUCUUGCGAUGCAAAAUCUUGGACACAUCAUCAGUGAUAGUACCUGGGGUCACGGGGGGUUUCGGGUCUUUCAACUUCAGACCCCCUCACCCAGGCGACCUGACCGGGAGUGAUCAGUUCCCGGCCUGUGUCCAAGAAGCGUUCAUUCACGCCUUGUCCCGCUGAAUCCACAGCCAUCGUGAUGCUUUCUCAGCUGCUUCUGAAGCUGAGCAGAUGGCUCUCCUCUUACGUGCCCCUGUGAUGCCUAGGAGACUGUAGGCCCUGCAGAGUGACUUCCCUGCAAAGCCCCUUCCCCCGACCUCAAUGGGCAGGCAUCUUGCACACCACCCCCUGUUGCGGCAGUCCUCCACCAGCUCGGCGUACUUCUCCCUCUUCCUCCCGCUGGCUUCCUCCAUCCUCUCCUUCCAGGGCACCGUCAGGUCCAGCAUGAUGACCUGCUUGGAAGACUCUGAUUGUAGAACUAUGUCUGGUCUCAGGCUGGUUUCGGUGAUGUUCUCAGGGAACUUAAGCUGUUUUCCUAAGUCCACCCUCAGCUGCCAGUCCUUUGCUGUUCCCAGGAGUCCUGUUUGGGCCUUUGGUUGGGGAGGAGGUUUUUCCCAGCCCUCACAAAUGCUGUUCUGUGCCUCAGUGGUUGCAGGUGCUUGCUGUGGUCAAUGGCAGAGUGGAUGGAACUGCCUUCAGCACCUGGUCGUGGCGCCAGCGAUAGCGGCCAUCUCCAAGUGCUUCAGGACAGCUGCUGAGGAUGUGCUCCAGUGUUCCCCUUCCCUGGCACAAGGUACAUGAUGGAGCUUCAGCCUUGCCCCAAAGGAAGAGGUUUGACGGGCUGGGCAGGACAUCAUAGACAGACUGGAUGAGGAAUUUUAUGCGGAGCGGUUCAGCCUUCCACAAGUCCGACCAUGAGAUCCUUCUGUCCAUGGCUUCCUCCCAUCUGGUCCACGCACCCUGCUGCCUUAGCCCCACCCACCGGCUUGCACGCUGCUCUCGGACUCCAGCCUGCACCUCGAGUUGGACCCAGUCCCGCCUUUCCUUGCCCUUGAGCCUGCUGAGAUGGGUUGUUGGUACAGUUCCCAGUCCUGCUCGAACAGUAGCCACAGAUCCCACAAGAUCUCUGUGGGACAGCCGAGCUUCUGCCUGGUCCACCGCCUCUUGUGCCCUCCACCUUCUGCCUGUCCUCACCUCUAUGCCAGCUUGAGCAACCUUUGGGUCCUUCGAUUCCCUGUACUGGAGAACCUCCCUUGCUCUGGCAACCAUAAACCUGGGUGAGGCUGUUGAUUGGUAGGGUCAGCUUGUUGUCGUUGCCGUAGAGGGCGAUGCUGCUGAGACUCUGAGGAAGCCCCAGCCAGCGCCAGAGGUGGCUGCUGACCCUCCGCUCAAACCCUUCCAUGGUGGACAUGGGAAAUUCAUAUAUCAGCAGUGGCCACAGUAUCCUGGGCAGGAUGCCAUAUUGGUACACCCAUGCCUUGAACUUCCCUGGGAGACCAGAUUUGUCCACUGCAGUUAGCCAGCCCUCCAGUUGUUCGUUGGUAGCCCUGAUGGAAGCUGUAUCCCUCAGGGAGCAGUCGAAGAUCUUCCCCAGGCUUUUAACAGGCUUCUCUGUGACUGAUGGGAAAAGGGAAUCUGAGUUAGCCUCAGUGGUGACGCAGCCUCUGAAUGCAAAACCAUUCCUAGUCAUCAAAUGGUUUGUGUUUAUGCUGCAUCUUUGCAAAGUGAAGAUGUCAAGGGUUGGAGCCAGACACGCCAGCUGCUCUGUCAUUGGCUACAGAAACACAAAUGUCUACAUUCUGUUGUAGCACCAUUGCAACUCAAAACAUGCUUUUUUAACAUAAGCUGCAAAAAUUCCAUAUCCAUCUCUUGGCAAGAUUCUGGAUCAUAUGUGUAGUGGACUGGUGUGGGUGGUUCUUGAGGACUUGCCAUGUUCAUUUUGUUGUUUUUUCUCCUCUGCAUCAGUCUGCAUCAGGCUGCACUGGUGACAAGAUUCAAGAAUCCAUUCAGGCUGCAGAUCCUCCAUAGAUGCUGGCUUUGUUAUGUUUUUUGCAGCCAAAUUCAAAAUCUCUGCGUAACUAGGAUAUGUUGUAAACAGCUAAAAAUGCCAUUAUAUGGAACGUUUACUCAUGUGCACUAUUGUAUGUGUUGUUUUUUUACAGCAGUGGCCUUGGUAUGUGUUCUCUGUUUGCAUGUGGAUUAUUUCAGAUUUUUAACAUUGUUUUUGUAUUCAUUGUAACUUAAUGUAACCCCGACAAGUGGUCUGUAGAUCAAUAAAAUCAUUAUUUUAUUUCAGCUUUGUUUUUAGGAGGGUUAUUAACUUGAAUUGAAGUGAAGUGAACUGAACUGAAUUUAUUGAAUUGAAUUGAAUUGAAUUGAAUCUAAUCGAAUUGAAAUGAGCCAACUUGAAUUGAACAGUUGAAUUGAAUUGAAUUCCAUUGAACUCAACCCAACCCAACCAGAUGGGACUUGACUGGACUAAAUUGAAUUGAAUUGAAUUGAGUUUAAUUAAACCAGAUUCGAACAAAUUGAAUUGAAUUGAAGUGAAUUGCAUUGUCCAGCAUUGAAUUGAACCAAACCAAAUCGAAUCGAAUUGAAUUAAACUGGAUGUAUCCGCAUUACAGAAGGUGCAACGAAAUUUCUCUGUGCCGUGCUGAAUAGAAAGAAAGCCAAACACACAUGCAUGUACCUUCUGGUACUGAGCACUUGGUCAUAUUAUCAGAGCUUUUUGUUCAUUUUUUUUGUUGACUGUGGUGUAAAGAAGAUGGACUCACUCAACAUAAACCUGACUGACCUUGAACCUUGCACAUAAAGAGUGCAGGAAGAUUCUUAACUAAAACGAAAAGAGACCCUUUUAUUCACACUGUUUUUUAAUCUUUGACCUUUCUUUUACUUUUUCUUGUCUUCAGGCACAAGAGGAGUAAGGCUCGGUCCAGGACAAGGCGUCUGCAGAUCUCUCUGUCCGAGUCUGUGAACCUGUUGAAGCUCAGCUUGUAUGAACUGUUUCUGAGGUUGAAGAGCAGCAUGUUGGUUCACUGGCUCUCUGCCCUGCUGAUGUUUCUGCACUGAGACACACCUGGAGCUCAGACACAGAGACGUCAGGCUGCAGCUGUUGAGGGUUAAAGAUUUAUACCAGCAGAAUAUUUGCUCCAACCUUAAUACACACACACGCACACACACACACACGCACGCACGCACACACACACACACACGAGUCAUAAAUCCACAAACCUAUAUUAGUCUCACCAUUUGUAACUCAAGAUAUAAAUAGGGACACAAUAUGGGGAUGAUUCUGGAGACCAGGUGCAAGUUCAGGCAUGUUUUGACCCUUUACCUCAAGAUAACUUCUUCCUGACCUAUGAUCUUUAAAUCUGAGUCACAACAAACAAGAAAAACUAGCAGGAAAGGAAGAAGAUUUGAGCUACACAUGAAAGUUUGCUUUAAAUUCUGUGAUAAAAGUCGGUUUUUAUUACUUUUAUUUAAAAUGUUGCUUCUCAGAAUUAAAAUUAGUAAUUGUAAUAUUAUUUUUGCAGUAAAUGGAUUAAUCUGAAACUUAAUGUGCUGAUAUUUUUACUUUUUAAAGUUAUACUUAGACUUCUUUUAAAUCUAAGCCAAGUUUCAAGCUCCUGUGACGUUCAUUUUGCUUGUUUUAGGUUAUAAAUUGAUAUUAUUGUGACUCUGACUUUGAUCUUGAGGUGAAGGUUUCAAACCAUGAAGUGUAACUUUUGAAACCGUAAAUAUGGAUGACCAACUUCUUUGUCUUAGAUUAUAGAAAAGUGAAGCCAAAAAUGAACAAACGAACCACAUAUUCACUCCACUGCGCACACAGAGAGGACAGUGAGGCAUGAUUUUUAUGGGCUGCAGAGAUAGAGAGCAGGUAAAUCAGUUGUUAAAGAAGCCUGACAGGUUAAUAGGUCAAAGCUGAAAACAAGGAUCCAUCCAGGGACACAGUGCAACAGAUAAUGACCCGACGGGGAGACAAACUCAAACACUUUGACCUUUAAAGACAGAGAGGAGAAAAGGAACAUGAGGACCUCUGCCUGGUCAUGUUUUAUUUCUUCAUGUUUCUGCCUUCAGGGUGUCGGACCGUGGAUUCAUUCCUGCUCCUCAACCAAAUACCUCAGAAUGAAGUUUGCACAGACUCACAGAAGUUUCUGAAGAUGUCUGAUGCGCUGAAUGAUGCUUAGUUGCAUUUUGUAUUGUCAUAGUCAUUGGACAUUGAUGCACCAUGUUUACUCUUUUAUUGCUACUGUUGAUCUUUGGUCAUAUACUGUCCACUCAUUCCACUAACACCAGUUUGUAUUAUAACGUGUCAAAAGGACAGAAGUCUUUUCACUCUGAGCAGGAUGUACUUUCUUUGGCUUUGUGAACAAAUUCAGGGUUUUUGGAGGUUGUUGCACACCCAAACUUAAAAAUAUGGGAGUGCUGGUUAUGUGGUUAUGCAGAAGAUCUUCAGAACUUUGGCUUUGUUUCAUUUUUUUUCUUUACUUAUCCCAGAAAGUGGCUUUUGUCCUGUCUUUCUCUUUCUCUCUGAUGAAGUCCAUCACUGACUCAUUUUUUUUAACCAAGUAAAGAAAAUUACAGAUCUUUCAUCAUCAUAAUGCCCCAUUUUGAUAAAAAAAAUAAAAAUCUAUAAAAUAUGAACAGAAACAGGAAGCAAUGAUUGGCUAAACAGUGAAACCUGUAUACUUCAGCGUCAGCGUGUUUGCUUUCCAUUCCCUCUACGCUGCCACAAGCACGGGAAAACACAGCAACUGAAUCUGAGUGUCAUAUGCUUGAGCUGGAGCUGAAAAAUGUCGUCCUGCAUAAAUAAAAAAGAGAGACGUCAGAGAAGACAGGAUGGGGGAUGACCGCAAGAUUGGAAAUGUCCAUUGCCAAGCAAGCCAGCGACAGGGCUUGUGGUCCACCUCAUUUCAAUCCCUAGUUACAUUUUAAAGAAGGUUCACUGAAGGCUUUGUAAGAGUACCCGGCUGCACCUUCCUUGGUGUAUACUGAAUUGUAUGGCAUGUGAGACCUCAUGUGCAGUGUCCAUGAUCUUACCAGUAUGAAAUUUGGUUCAUGCUGUUUUCACAAACUUUCCUAGUCACUCGGUUUUAUGUCUUAAAUGGCAAAGUUCAGAAUUCAUCUGGAUAUAUGCGUCGCUUAGCUCUGCACAUGCUCAGUCUGGAGGUGACCUCUGCUUAAAAAGUCUUUCUAAAGUUUGUGAAAGGAUGCAUUUGCGUCACACUCCAAACAUUUCUGUUAGGUGUCGAGGCCAGUUUAACACCUGGACUCUUCUACUACUGAGCUUACUGUUGUGAUACCUGUAGAAUGAAAUAUAUGGCCCCUUAUAUGAUAUAGAAAUCUGCUGCUCUGCUGCAUACAUAUGUUGCUGUAUUUAUCCUCCAGCACUGAUGCUGUCACCUCUUAUGUGCAGGUUACUCACCCAGGAGUCAGUCAGAACAGGUGGCUAUGGCAGAACUCAACUUUCUGCUAACAAUCCCACAAUGCAGUGCUUCACCUUUUGCCUGUGAGUAAUUUAUAGUAAUGUGACACUGCAGCUGUUGGUGUUGAUGAGUAACAGAGAGGGAGUAAAGCUGUUCAGGGCUGAUAGUGAGAGCUGAUUCAGACAAACAGACCUGCUCUCUGCAGCUUUUUCCUCCUUUUGUUUCUUUAAAAGCUUUUCUAAAUUAGAGACUAACACCAAUAAAGCUCUGUAAAUGUGUCUAAUGUUUGCAAUCAGCACGAAAAACACUUCUCCAAACAGACAGUUUUUUUGAGACAUAACGUGAAAAACCUCUGAACCUAUCUGGCCAACAGAUCCACUUUACUCAUCUCAGAGGCUGAAUCACUUCACCCUGUGGAAAGGAUAUUUAUUUUAGCACAUCAUCACACAUUUUAACAUGAUUUCAGAGUCUCUUGAUUUUUUUAAAUUUAUUUGAUAUUUUAUUAUAAUUUAUGUUCUGUCUUCAUUGGGAAACAUUUCUGUUGGUUUAUUUAUUUACAGUGAAAUCAGAUCCAGUUACAGGUGGAAACAUGGUGAUUGAAGGUUUCAGUGUUUGAUUAUGGUUCAAUAAAAGCAAAGCAGAAAUAUAAAAACAGUGAA